GUUCCCUUCGCCAAAUGCAACGGAUCCGGUAGAUCUUGCAGAUUUUUGCAGUAUAUCGUGAGCACGAGAAAUACCUUCCAAUUCAGUCUUUCUCGAGACUUGGAGUCGUGCACAAGUGCUUUCCUUUUAGGUAGUAGAUAUUUGUGUUUGUGUGUAUUGACGCAGAACGGGGAAAACCACAACGAAGACGAAGAAGAAGAACAGGAGAAGGUGUUUUAUGAGGAAAAUAAAGCUUUAUAGCUGCAACAUUCGAGCUUAUAGAUAUUGGAGAAAAUUCGUCUAAAAAUUGGGUGAAUGCAAAGAAGGAAAGUCUUUCACCUUGGCGCGUAAACGGAUCAAUAGGAGUAUUGUUUCUCAGUGUGAAAUUCAACUGUUCUCAAAGUGCAUUUUAUCGUGAAUUAAAAUAUUCUGAAAACAAGUGAUCCCAUUCCAAUAUUUUCAAUGCAAUAAUCCUACAUUGCAAGUGCAAGUGGUGAAAUACAGUGCAAGAUCUGAAAGAUUCGGGCAAAGAGUUACUUAAUUUCGCGAAGGUGUGAACGCGAGGCAGAUUCUAGCAAACCAACCAUCGUUGAACAGGGCUUUGUUGGCUGCAGCUGUUUUGUGGAUUUAGCUGAUUGAGAGACUUCCGCGAAUAUUUUUUUUCGCUGCUCGGAUUGUGGCGAACAGCAGCCAUGGUGAUGAAUGAUGUACACGUUUAAUAUCAGUCGUAGGAAAAAUUCAUCAAUAUUGGCAAAAAUGAAAUUAUUUUUGCCAUUAGUGGUGUGGAUAGUGCUGCUAUUACGGACGGCGAGUUCUCAGUACUCAGCGUCCCGGAAAAACGUUGGAAUUUUCGGGUUAAAACACGAAGUGUUUUUUCUAAAUUUAGAAGAUGGCUACUUCGGCUGUCAAGUCAACGAAUCCACAGAUUAUCUGCAGCUGUACGAGCUAUCCAAGCUGUGUGAUGGCACAUCGGACUGCUACAUGGGCUCCGAUGAGCUUAGAAAUAAGUUAAAGUGUACAAACGAUUGUGAUAAAGACGGUAAAGCCUGUUCGAACGGAGUGUGCCUUGAAGGCCUAUGCCAUUGUAACGAUGGCUUCGGUGGUUGCAACUGCCAAGAUGCAGACGAAAACGAAUGUAAAUAUCGACCCUGUGACGUUUUCGCGCACUGUACAAAUACGUUAGGUAGCUUUACUUGCACUUGUUUUCCUGGUUAUCAGGGCGACGGCUUCCAUUGUGAGGAUAUUGACGAAUGCCAAGAUCCCUCGAUCGCCGCUCGAUGUGUCGAGAACGCAGAAUGCUGCAAUUUACCAGCACAUUUUGUGUGUAAAUGUAGACCAGGUUUCGAAGGAGAUGGAGAAGAACGAUGUACAGACGUCAACGAAUGCCUCGACCCGCAGGCUUGUGGUGUGAACGCGGAGUGCGUGAACUAUCCCGGAAACUAUACGUGCCUCUGCCGGGAUGGUUUCGCAGGCGAUCCAUACAACGGCUGCGGAGAUAUCGACGAGUGUGCUCGACCGGGAGUCUGCGGACCAGGUGCCAUAUGUACGAACCUUGAGGGCGGUUAUCGCUGCGACUGCCCCGCUGGGUUCAAUGGUGACGCACGCUCUGCUCAGGGAUGCGCCGAUUACGACGAAUGCACACGCUCGCCAUGCGGAAGGAAUGCACUGUGCCGAAACGACAUCGGGAGUUUUCGAUGCGAAUGUCCGGAAGGUUUUCACGGGGAUGCGAUGACGGACUGCCAAGAUAUAAACGAAUGCCUAGAUAAUCCGUGCGGGGAAAAUGCGGUUUGUACGGAUACGGUCGGUAGCUUUGUUUGCUCAUGUAAGCCAGAAUACACGGGAGAUCCGUUUCGGGGAUGUGUUGAUAUCGACGAGUGUACGGCGUUCGAUAAACCCUGUGGAAAUCAUGCGAUCUGUGAGAACGCCAACCCAGGUUACAAUUGCCUCUGCCCUCAGGGAUAUGUUGGCAAGCCGGACGCUAAAAUUGCUUGCGAACAGGCAGACGUUAAUGUGCUUUGCAAAAGUAACUUUGACUGUACCAACAACGCAGAAUGUAUCGAAGGACAGUGUUUCUGUCAGGAUGGCUUCGAGCCGCAAGUCUCGAGCUGCGUGGAUAUCGACGAGUGUCGAAUGGACGCUCACAUCUGUGGACCAUCCGCAGUUUGCAUCAACACACCGGGAUCAUUUCGAUGCGAAUGUGAGGCUGGAUUUAUUGGAACACCACCGCGGAUUCAGUGUAAAACUCCGUGCGCCGAUGUCAACUGUGGCAGUAAGGCAUACUGUCGAGCAGAAGGACAGGAAGCUUUCUGUGUGUGCGAUGAAGGAUGGACCUUCAACCCGGCCGAUAUCUCUGCCGGUUGUAUUGAUAUCAACGAAUGUGAUCCGUCGCAAGGUCCGAAUGGAAGAUGUGGUGUCAAUGCGAGGUGUACCAAUAACCCGGGAGGCUUUAGCUGCGAGUGUCCAGCGGGUUUCACUGGGGAUGCAAAUCGGCAGUGUUAUGACAUUGAUGAGUGUAGCAAACCAAAUGCUUGUGGCGAAGGUGCCAUAUGCAAAAAUGUAGAAGGUUCUCACCAAUGUUCCUGUCCGAAGGGUUCCAUUGCUGAUCCUGAUCCUACUGUAAGGUGUAUAGCCGUUGUAACGUGUACCAAAGAUCAAGACUGUCCGGGUAAUGCAAUUUGUGAUGAACACAAACGAUGUCUUUGUCCGGAACCUAACGUUGGAAAUGAGUGCCGGCAUCCAUGUGAGAACAUUGCUUGUGGUCCCAACUCCCACUGCAUGUUGGUUAAUAGUGAAGCGCAAUGUUUGUGCAGUGAGGGAUUCACCGGUCAUCAAGGUCAAUGCGUCGACAUAAAUGAGUGUGCGGGUAAUCCCUGUCCGAACGGAGCUAUUUGUACCAACGUCCCGGGUGGUUUCACUUGUCAAUGUCCGGGAGGAAGUUCGGGUGAUGCGUACUCCGGUGGCUGCUCAAAAUCUGCCCUACACACCUGUAGUGAACAGAACCCUUGUCCCUCGGGAGAAAAAUGCAUUCAGGACGCGUACAGUGGAAACAGUGUAUGUAUUUGUGGUCAGGGAUACAAGCGGAAUGCAAAGGGUAUUUGCAAGGACAUCAACGAAUGCAAAGAUCCCAAUAAACCAGCCUGUGGUGUCAACGCCAUAUGCAAAAAUCUCCCCGGGAGCUACGAGUGCCAGUGCCCUCCCGGAUUCAACGGAAACCCGUUUUUGUCUUGUGAGGAAUGUACCAGCCUCGAGUGCAAGUGUUCAGCACCUUACAAAUUUGUCGACGGAAAUUGUAUUCUAGAUAAUUGUUCGCCCGAGGGCAAGUGUCCGGGUGGUGCAGAAUGUAUUGCGAUCACGGGCGGAGUUAGCUACUGUGCGUGCCCUAAAGGUUUCCGAACGAAGACCGACGGUAGAUGCGAAGACAUCGAUGAGUGUUCGGAGGGGCGGCAAGUCUGUGGAUACGACGCUAUUUGUAUGAACACCAUCGGGGGUUAUGAAUGCAAGUGUCCGCUGGGAUAUUCAGGCAACCCGUACAGUGGAUUGUGUGCUCUUGCCCAGAAACGAUGCUCGGCUGACCGCGAAUGUGGGUCUAACGAGAAGUGCGUCCAACCCGGUGAGUGUAUAUGUCCACCUCCAUUCUAUAUGGACGCAUACGACGGCAAUAAGUGUAAGAGUCCCUGUGAGCGAUUCCCUUGCGGAAUAAAUGCACGCUGUACGCCAACUGAUCCACCCCAGUGUAUGUGUGAAGUGGGUUACAAGGGUGACCCACUGACAGGAUGUGUGGACGAGGACGAAUGUGCCCAUUCGCCUUGUGCAUAUGGUGCACAAUGUGUCAACCAGAAAGGUGGCUACAAAUGCAUCUGUCCUAAGGGCAUGGUGGGAGAUGCCUACAAGGGAGGAUGCAUAUUAGAGGAAGGAUCCGUCCGAAGUCAGUGCCAAAAGAACGAAGACUGUGCUGAUACUCUGGCUUGCGAGCGAGGGACGUGUGUUAGCCCGUGCAGUAGUUUGCUGUGUGGCUCCAACGCGUACUGUGAACCGGAUAAACACGCCGCCUGGUGUCGCUGUCGGGUCGGUUUCGUGGAAGGUCCCAAUGGAGAUUGUGUUUCACAAUGCAACGGUUAUAUGUGUGGUCAGGGCGCCAUAUGUAUUGUGACGAAUAGUGGGCCAACUUGUAAGUGUCCUCCGGGAGAAUUGGGCAACCCCUUCCCUGGUGGAUCUUGCGUCACAGAUCAAUGCUCUGCUGGUCGACCUUGCGCUGAACCCCAAGUUUGUAUCAACGGACGCUGUAAGCAUAAAUGUGAUGGAGUCGUCUGUGGAAUUGGUGCCACUUGUGAUGGUGCGACUGGAAAGUGCAUCUGCGAACCGUUCUUCGUUGGUAAUCCAGAUAUGUUGUGUAUGCCACCCGUUACAACACCAACUUGCGACCCAGAGUGCGGUAAAAAUGCUCACUGUGAGUAUGGUAUCGUACAGAACUCAUGUGUUUGCAAUCCGGAAACCAGCGGUAAUCCUUACGACGGCUGCGAAGCCCACCAGAGGAUAAGCUGCAGUCGAACCACUUGCGGGCAAAAUGCCCAAUGUCGCGAAACGUUGAACUCUGUCGAGUGUGUCUGCCCGAAUGGUUUCAUUGGCAACCCUUACGUGCAUUGCAACGACGUUGAUGAAUGCUCCACGGGGAAUGUUUGCGGGGAGAACGCUAUAUGUAUCAAUACGGCUGGGAGCUUUGACUGCCGCUGCAAACCCGGGUAUGGUGGCAAUCCAUUCACAAUUUGCUCGCCAGUGCAGAAGGAUGUCUGCGACAAUCCGAGACGUUGUCAGUGCGGUAAAAACAUGCAAUGUCCCCCGGGAUAUACGUGCGAGCGGGGCAUUUGUAGGGAUCUCUGUGCGAAAACAAGUUGUGGACCACGAGCUGCGUGCGAUUCUGGGAAAUGUAUCUGUCCACCUGGCUACACGGGCAACCCGAAAGAUCUCCAAACUGGUUGCAUCCAAGAAGGUCAAUGUAAUAACGAUGCCAACUGCAAAAACAACGAGAUAUGCUUCCAGCUUGGUAAAGGACUACGAAAAUGUGUUGACGCUUGUAGUAAAAUACAGUGCGGCCCUAACGCAUUGUGCGUAUCGAAUACCCAUCGAUCAACGUGCAUUUGUGUCAACGGAUAUGUCGGCAGCCCGGUAGAUCUGACGCUUGGCUGCCAGAAGGAAGCCAAAAUUGUUGAGGGUUGCAAGGAUGACACUGAAUGUUUCGGUGGCAAAAUAUGCGCCCUUACCGAAAAUGGACUGCGUUCCUGUGUGAACCCCUGUAGCGUUGUCGAGUGUGGAAUAAAUGAAGUCUGUAAACCAGACGAGCACAACAACCCCAUAUGUCACUGCCAGGAAGGAUUCCUCUGGAAUCCAGCGAAAUCUACAUGCGAGAAACCCUCAAUACCGGAUUGUGUCGUGGACGAUGAUUGUCACCAGGUGGCAGCCUGCCGACAGGAUGUCUUGGGUAUUCUGAAAUGUACACCGGUAUGUGCCGAGUUUACUUGUCCAGCCAAUUCGGUUUGUGUUUCCUCGAAUCACCGGGGUAGUUGUCAGUGUCUUCCAGGAUAUACAGGAAAUCCCAACGAUAGGAACGGGUGUCGUCCAGAGUUGCAGAAUAAGUGUCUCACGAGUGCGGAAUGUCCGGAGUCGGACUCCUGCGUAACGUACAAGGGAGCUCUGAUGUGCAGACCGGCCUGUGAGAGCAUGCAAUGCGGACCUCAUGCAAUUUGUGUCAGUAAUAAUCAUAAUGCUCAAUGCCAAUGUCCACCAGGAUCGUUUACUGGCGAUCCGUAUAACUUGGACCAAGGUUGCCAAUCUGUACCCUGCGUAUACAACAACGACUGUCCACCAACCCAACUGUGCAAUCGAAUGACCCAUACAUGUUAUGAUGUUUGUCAGGAAGAUACAUGUGGUGAGAACGCAGUGUGUAUAGCUGAGAAUCACCGUUCCAUCUGUCAGUGUCCACCAGGGUACAAACCCAAUCCAAUCGCCGAUGUAGAAUGCGCCGUGCUAAAGUCAUGUGAACCCAACCCUUGUCAUCCUUCUGCCAUUUGUGAAGCAGGCCCAGACGGUCACAUUUGCAAAUGUCCGGUAGGACAAGUAGGAGACCCUCUGACUGGCUGCCGACCUGAAGGAGAUUGCCCGAAUGGAGACAUUCAAUGCCCUGCGAACGCUGCAUGUGUCAACGGAAAAUGUGUCGAUCCUUGCAUCAAUGCAUGUGGCAUCAACUCGAGAUGUUCGAUUGUGAACCGAAGUCCAGUGUGUGAGUGCAAAACAAAAUACGUUCCCAGAAUCACGGGAUCAGCGAAGGAUGGCUGCAGCCGAGUGAUUAGUCAAUGUUUGAGCGAACUGGAUUGUGGUGGAGAUGUUUGCCAGAAUGGUCAAUGUAUGGUAGCUUGUCGUAAUUCGAAGGAUUGCUCGGAAGGAGAGCGAUGUGUCAACAGUGUUUGCACCCAGCCGUGUUCGGAUCAUAGCCACUGCGGUGAACGACAAGCUUGUAUUGGGGGCAGCUGUCUGAUUGGCUGUAGAAGCAACAAGGACUGUGGAAGUUCUCUGGCAUGUAUCAACAACAGAUGUAGUGAUCCUUGCGAAGCCGAAGGCACUUGUGGGCCAAACUCCCUCUGUUCGUCCGUUAACCAUGUGGCAAGCUGUAAGUGUCCACCAGGGUUCGAAGGAAAUCCAGCUCCAGAACAAGGUUGCGUUAGGAUACCUAGUUCAUGUAUCACUACGGCAGAAUGUGCACCGGGACACAUGUGCAUAGCACAUCAAUGUAGUUUACCAUGUUCGGAGGGAUCGAGCUGUGCGGUUGGGGAAAGAUGUCACAACAAUGUGUGCGCUAAGGUUUGUUAUACCAACAACAAUUGUCUGCCGGGAGAAGUUUGCAAUGAGGCCGGAACAUGUCAGCCGGGCUGUAGCACCGAUGCGGACUGCCCCUCCCAGAAGAUUUGCUUAGCUAGUAGAUGCAAGUGUAUGAAAGGUUUCAUCGGUACUCCAUUUGGAUGUGCCGAUAUCGAUGAGUGUACUGACAGUCCUUGUCAUCCAUCGGCAAUCUGCGAGAAUGUUCCCGGAUCAUACCGAUGUGCUUGCCCCGAAGAAAUGGUUGGAGAUGCUUACACGAGUCCGGGUUGUCGACUGACGAAUCAAUGCUAUAAAAACAACGACUGUGGGGAGAACUUGGCUUGUGUAGAGGGAAAAUGUAAAGAUCCUUGUCAGAGUGCAAAGUGUGGAACAAACGCUGAGUGUGUCAUCAUCGAUCGAACAGCAGAGUGUCAAUGUCCAGCGGGACACCUGGGAGAUGCCCGUGACACUACCGUUGGUUGCUUCCGUGUGGAAUGUCUAGCUAACGAAGACUGCGCCCAGGAUCGACAGUGUCAUACAGAAACAAACAAAUGCAACAAUCCAUGUGAAUCUGCCAACUGCGGUAAGGGUACCUGUCAGACUAUGAAUCAUCAGGCAAUUUGCAGCUGUUUCCAGGGCUAUCAGGCUGUUGGAGGACGCUGUGAAGAUGUUGACGAGUGUCUCACCGAUCCUUGCCACGCCAGCGCCAACUGUCAAAACACUGCCGGAAGUUACGUGUGCUCGUGUCCGGAAGGUUUGGUGGGAGAUCCGAUAAAUGCUGGAUGUAGAAAUCCAGAUGAAUGCAUCACCGACUCUGACUGUCCCUCAGCAGCAAUCUGCGAAGCGGCACGUUGUAUGAACCCUUGCGGCAAAGAGAACGCCUGUGGCAAAAAUGCCAUUUGUACCGCAACGAAUCACAAAGCUGUCUGCGAAUGUGCGCCGAAUGCUCGUGGAGACCCGAGAAUUGGUUGUACGAAGGUUGAAUGCACGGAAAGUAACGAUUGUGGACCGAGUCGGACAUGUAUCAACUACAAAUGCGUCGACCCAUGUCUACUGAAGAACGCUUGUGGACAAAAUGCGAACUGUGUGUCAGAUAAUCAUCUUGCGAUUUGCUCAUGUCAGCCAGGAACAACAGGAAAUCCCUUACUUGGCUGUGUCCCGAUACAGUACUGUAGUAGCGAUCAGCAGUGCCCCGCAGGUACCAAGUGUAACGCCGGAGUUUGUUGCACACUGUGCUCUAGCAAUCGGGACUGUAUUACCGACCAGCUCUGCAUCCAAGGCGUCUGUCAACCAACUUGUAGAACCAAUUCAAGCUGUCCUGAUUUCCAGUUUUGUCAAAAUAAUAUCUGUACCCAGGAAUUUAAGUGCCGAUCGAAUGAAGAUUGUGACAUUGAUGAGACCUGUGUCCAGGAUUCCACUGGCCGUUCGGAGUGCAUCAAUGCCUGCUCUGGGCGAGUACUCUGCGGACGUAAUGCAGAGUGUUCCGCAAGAGAUCAUUCAGCGGUUUGCGACUGCAAGCCAGGAUACUAUCAGGAAAAGGCGGGAAGCUGUCAUAAAGUUGAAUGCGAAUCCGAUAGUGAUUGUUCGGAUGAUAAGGCCUGUGAAAACCAUACAUGUAAAAUCGUUUGCCUGAUGGGAGAACCCUGUGGAAGUAACGCACUUUGUUCCGCCGAACACCACAAACAGGUCUGCUAUUGUCAGCCGGGCUUCACGGGUGAUCCAAAAUUAGGCUGCAGUUUAAUCGAUUUCUGUAAGGACUCCCCCUGUGGACCGAAUGCAAAGUGUCGCAACAGUCGCGGCUCGUAUCGUUGUGCGUGUCCUUCGGGAUCCGUUGGGGAUCCCUACACAAAUGGGUGCAAGAAAGCCGCGGAAUGCGAAACGAACGCAGACUGUCCCGAUGUGGCCGAAUGUAACAAAUCCAAUAGCGAACCAAAAUGCAGAGAUGUUUGCGAGAGAGUAUCUUGCGGUGCGAAUGCCGAAUGUCAACCAAGAAACCACCAAGCGAUUUGCGCUUGUAGAAGCGGUUACGAAGGCGAUCCAAAGGAUCUGCUAAAUGGAUGCAAACCACUACCCGUACCAUGUAAGCUGAAUAACGAUUGUCCAGAGAAUUCGUACUGUUACGGACAGAUCUGUAAACCCGCUUGUACCGCUACUGACGAAUGCAGCCAGCAAGAGGUCUGCUCGAAGGGUCAAUGCAUCAACCCGUGCCAAGAACCCAGUGCCUGCGGCAUGAACGCUAUAUGCCUGAUGGCUGGACACUUUAAACAGUGUUCGUGUCCACCAGGAUUCACCGGAGAUCCAGCCUUGGAAUGUGUGAGAAUACCAACGCUCUGCGCUUCCACUGCCGAAUGUCUCGACGGAAAGACCUGCUACGACUCGAUGUGUGUCAUUGGCUGCGGGAAUGAUCAAGAUUGCGCUUUGAACGAGAAGUGUAUCGAGAAUAGGUGCAUGUUAACUUGCCGCCUGGACAACGACUGCUUCCUUGGACACAUCUGUCUGAACGGUCGAUGCGUCUACGGGUGCCACGCGGAUGAUGACUGCAGUGCUAGUGAAACUUGUCGAGCAAAUCGAUGCACUGAUCCGUGUCGUCAGAAUCCCUGCGGACCAAAUGCCGCCUGUACAGUGGUUAACCAUCGCGCUAGUUGCUCAUGCAUCAGCGGUAUGGUACCGAGUCCAACGGCAAAGGUUGGAUGUGUUCGUGCACCUGCCCUGCAGUGUAAUGAAAAUCGAGAUUGUGCCCAGGGAACCUCAUGUAUCGAGAAUCUCUGCCGUCCCGUAUGCUCAAGCGAUCAGCGAUGCCUGAACAAUGAACGCUGUGAUCAGGGAUCCUGUAAACCUAUUUGCCGCCGUGAUGACGACUGCCGAACGGGAGAGAUGUGUAAAGAACAAACUUGUAGAGUUGGUUGUCGAUCGGAUGCGGGCUGCCCGUCUCAGCUUGCGUGUGUAAAUCAGCAAUGCGUCGACCCUUGUCGGGAGCCCACGGCUUGCGGAACCAACGCCCAGUGUGUGGUAGAGAAUCACCGAACACUUUGUUCAUGUCCAGCUCCCUUGAUAGGAGAUCCUUUGGUAGGUUGUCGCGCCGAACAGAGAUCUUGUCUGACAAGAAACGACUGCCCGAAGGGACAAGCAUGCCACGGUGGCUCCUGUAUGCCGUCCUGCCGAAAUGAUCAAAACUGCCUAGCCGAUGAACGGUGCGUACGCGGCACCUGUCGAACGGUGUGCAACAGCGAUGCUUCUUGUUCAAACGGACUGAUAUGUGAGAAUAGAAUGUGCCAAAUAGGCUGCCGAACUGACAAUAAUUGUGCUGCCAAUCAAGCCUGUAUUAACAAUCGUUGCACAGAUCCCUGCACGGUACUGGGUCAGUGUGGUACCUGCUCGGAAUGUGUUGUCGCCAAUCAUGGUGUUCAGUGCACUUGUCCCAAGGGAUAUAUUGGAAACCCGUUGGUUUCAUGUUCACCACCGCCACAGAAAUGUAACUCCUACUGCCAUUGCGAUGAAGAUGGACUGUUUUGCGCGGACAAAUGUCGCCAGGCAAAGGAUUGUGCCUGCGGUCAAAGCUGCUACCGCGGUAAAUGCCGUACGAAGUGUAACGCGGGAUCUUGUCCUGCCGGACAACUGUGCCAGAAUGGGGUAUGCAUUGCAGGCUGUCGCUUGAACUCGGAUUGUAGUCUGGAGCUUACGUGCGUUAACAAAAAGUGCGUCGAUCCCUGUGCCAAUGGAAAAACUUGUGGAAAGAACACAAUCUGUCAAGUCGCUGAUCACCAGGCACUUUGUCUGUGUUUCGAUGGCUAUCAGGGUGAUCCACGGGUGGGCUGCGUUCGAUACGAGUGUCAAACCAACGAUGACUGUGAACUGGAUAAAAAGUGUAGCUCGGGUAAAUGUACAAAUCCAUGUCUCCAAAGUAACGCUUGCGGUUUGAAUGCACAGUGUCGUGUGGUGAAUCGCCAGCCUCAGUGUUCGUGUACCCCUGGAUUCCUCGGCGAUGCCCGGAAGGAGUGUCAACCGCUACCGAGAGAAAGUUGUUCCCAGAACCCCUGCGGUGAGAACACAAUCUGCCGCGAGGAUGUCAAUGGUUACGAGUGCAGCUGUCAGCCGGGUUGCAUGGGAGAUCCAAAGCGAGGAUGUUUGUGCCAGGCAGAAAAGACGAACAAAUGCCACAACUUCCCCUGUGGAAAGAACGCAAUUUGCCGGGUUGUAGCCCACGAUCAGCCGGAGUGCUACUGCCCGCCACUGUACCCGGAUGGUGAUCCAUAUACGGAAUGUAUAAAUGAAAUAACUGUGACCGACUGUCGAACAACCGGAUGCCUGGAAGGGGAAUGCGUUCGGGAUGGAGCGCAGUUUACUUGCCGUAACGACGAGUCCUGUGCAAACAAUAUGCAAUGUCCAAAUGAAAAAGCUUGUAUUGGAGGAAAAUGUUCAGAUCCUUGCUCACUACGGGGAGCUUGCGGUGAUAACGCACUUUGCCAGACCGUUCUCCAUAGACCACGGUGCGCUUGUCCUAGCUGUUACGUCGGUAAACCCAGCGUCGAAUGUAAACCCGAUCCAAAAUGUCAGGAAAUUAGCACAACGAAACCCAGCGAUCCCAAGAUCGUAUCGAUAGCAUGCGAGCGGGACAAUGACUGUGAUGUGUCCCUGCGGUGCGAUACCAGUGGACAAUGUAGUGAUCCCUGCACCAUACCGACCACAUUCGUGUGUGACCCGAACAAGAAAUGUAUCUCCCGCAGACAUCGCCCAGUUUGCGUCUGCAAGCAUGGUUUCAUAGUGAACGACUACGGAGAGUUGAUUUGUGCUCCAGAGAAACGCGAAUGUCACGGUGACGAUGGGUGCGCCUCAAAUUUGGCUUGCAUCGACGGGAAAUGUCUAAACCCUUGCAUGCCCACGACAACACGAGGUCCGGCUUGCCCCGAGGACAAGGCGUGUAUCGUAAUGGACCAUAAGGCUGCCUGUAUAUGCAUGAAGGAUUGUAGCCCCUCGCUCUCGAUUUGUCUCAGAGAUAGCGGAUGUCCGGCAAACCUUGCUUGUCGCAAUUAUCAAUGUAUCAAUCCUUGCGAAGUCACUCAAUGUGCCGAAGACACACCAUGCUUUGUAGAAGAUCAUAAGCCAAUCUGUAAAUUCUGCCCGCCCGGAUUCGUGAAAGAUGCCCACCAAGGAUGUCUGAAAGCUACAGAAAUUAUUGAUGAUGAACAAGAGGAUGAAGUACAGAAGGGUCAACAACAUGCGGCGGCGCCCGCCUGUUCGAAACACUCUGAUUGCGCCGAACAGUUGCAGUGUUUAGUAGGCCGUUGUCUUGAUCCUUGUAGGUCUGGUUGUGGUCAGUCCGCUUUAUGCACCGUAAAGGCACACCUUCCCGUCUGUACCUGUCCCGCCGGACAUACCGGCAAUCCCAAUCGGAAGUGUCUUCCGAUGGCACCACCCGACACGAGCAUCCAAACCCCAGUCGGCACAGACGACACGACGACACAAAACAUUGGGACCAUGACUACAACCGAACAAACCGGAUAUUACGAUGGUGUUGACGUAGAUCGAUCCGACACCUACCGAACCAUUGAUCCAGCAGUCAAUACCGAAGUGACCAUACCAGCGAGUGAGGAAGCAGAUGAAAACAAUACAGAAAUGGAUGUAACGUCCGCCAAAAUUACUACCGAAUUCGGGGAAAGUGGUGCUCAUACAACGCAACUACCCCCGACGGAAACGGCUACGAAGCUGUCAACCGCAGAAAGUUUACUCACAUCUUUCGUAGAUCUCACAACUACAACGCCACAGCAUACACCCACAAGUGAGCUGACAACCACCGGAAGUACCGUCGAAAGCGAGACUACAACUAUCGUAACCCCAAAGGUCGCUGAACCUUCCAAAAAAGCUGUCACAGAUAGUUACGUCAAGAUGAUGCGAACGGAUAACAAGUUCGACACCACCACUGCUCGAUUACCCGUGACAAGGGAACAAAUCGAACCGGAAACUAGUGAAGGUGUGGACGAAGAACGGUCCGCAACCUCGCGAUCAUCCCAGUUCACGGGAGAGGAAGAUCAUACAAAAUUGACGAGUACUACUGCUAUGACGCCACAAGUUCUGGGUGAAGAAACAACUGCCCUGGAUGGACCGGAAACUAGUGAAGGUGUGGACGAAGAACGGUCCGCAACCUCGCGAUCAUCCCAGUUCACGGAAGAGGAAGAUCAUACAAAAUUGACGAGUACUACUGCUAUGACGCCACAAGUUCUGGGUGAAGAAACAACUGCCCUGGAUGGAGAUAUUCCAACAUCAAGCAUGGGUGUUCUGAAUUUUACAUACAUAUCUGUGAAACUAGAAACUAGCACUACUAUGUCGCCACAAAUUCUGGGUGAAGAAACAACUGCCCUGGAUGGAGAUGUUCCAACGUCAAGCAUGAGCGUGAAGAUUGAGCAGACGACAACAAGUCAACAGCAAGAGCUGCCGAAUUCUACAUACAUCUCUGUGGAUUCAGAAACUACCGAAAGCAUAACGGCCUCUACUCAAAAGGUCACUACUCUGAUCGAUACAACUCCAUUUACGACACUCGAUUCAAACAAAACUAAAGAUGGAACGGAGAUAGAAUGGUCCAUCACUACAGAGUCUCCUGCUUCCAAACCUACGCCACGUAGUGAAACGACUACAGUUGAAAGAGAGUCCACCGCCUCAGCAACCGAACUGCCACAGACGCUCCCAACAACAGGUUCUACCACGACCGCGGAAGAGCUAGUAACAGUCCCUACAGCAACCGCUCAGAUUACCACCGGUAAACCCCCCUCUCAUAUUGACACACUUGUUAAGCAAGACCGCAAGACUACAGAACUCGAAACCGAUGUGCCGCCCACAUUACUGAAAGGACAGUCAACACUGCCCGAUGUGCUGCUUAAUCGCAGCAGUACCACCCACCGUUACGACGAAUACAUGGGCGUUCGGGAAGCGACAGUUAAGCCGAUCAAGAAUCGGAAAGAAACAGAAGCACCUGUGGAUAGUACCGCGAAUCCUCUCGGUGGCACCGAGGAGGUAAGCGAAGAUGAUAGAAGUAUUCCACUAUCAACGAACGCAUACGAAAGCGACGCUGACGAUUAUGAUGACGGUGAAGGCCGUACGAUCAACACGGGGAAAACAGACGAGGCUUCUACCACGAUAGGCACAACCUAUGCUGUAGACAAAGGAUUAGCGGUAACUAUUGAGCUAUCCAAAGUGGCAGAAAUGUCGGAAAAUGAAACGACAACCAUAGCUGAUUAUUCAACUACUCGAGCGAAGAUUGAAGAUUCCAUGACGGAAGUCACCCCGGUUAGUGACUCCGAUUACACGUCUGAAGCGAUCCCUAGUUUGCAAUCGAAAACCCUCGAAGAGCAAACGUCCACAAUUGGUCCGGUGAUGAUCCCCAUCACCAGCGUGUAUGGAAACAAAUGUACCUCAGACGACGAAUGUGCACCAAGCGAAAGCUGUGUCGACGGUGUCUGUGCCGAUCCGUGCCUAACCGCCAAUCCUUGUCCCAAUCUCAUCCCUUGUGUUACCCUGAAUCACCUGCCCAAGUGCCCUUGCAAUAAAGCUGAUCCGGUUAAUUCAGCAAAUUGUGUAGAAACAUCAGAAAUUGGAUGUAGACACAAUGACGAGUGUCCCGCCGAACGAUCUUGCAUCAAUGGUGCAUGCAUAAAUCCAUGCCAAGCCGGUAGUCCGUGUGAGGCUGGACAAGAGUGCGAGGUACAGAACCACGAGCCGGUCUGCAUCAAACUUUGUCAAUGCCAAAAAACGAGCGACUGUGCCGCUGGUCUAACGUGCAACGGAUGCAACUGUAUCGGACAGGACAUUCCCGGCCGAACCGAUGGAUGCGAUCAUUGCCCUCCAGGAAUUCCAUGCAAUCCACUAACCGGCGCAUGUGUGAAAGAUUUAGAUAAUACUACCACGACAGCGAAACCAGAUGUACAUAGCACACACACAGAUACUAUACAACACACAAGCCAGCAAACAGCAAUUAACUACGUAACUAAACCGCCCAUAACAACUAGUCAGUAUGAAAUGUCUUCGACCCUGAGAACUACAGAGUCCUCCUCACGGUUGUCUACCAUCCCAAUGUCUGUCGAUUUUACCCAAACUACCCAUCCGAUGUCGUAUGAUUCAUCAAGUACACCAAAGGAUAAUGUUCCAACAGUUAGCAUCACAUCUGAAGCUCCGAUUACUGAUACGAAUCUUACUACCUCUAGCACUCAUUAUGUAGAUGAACUGAAUACAGCCCUAGAACAAGAUUCCGAAAUCGGAACAACUGUUCCGUCACCAUCAAUUUCACAGGAAACAAUCAGUACAAGUCCUGAUCAGGUUGACAUAACAGGAACAGAUGUUCGUGGAAAUGUGUUCGCUUCGACGGUCAGCAGUGUGACAUCCGAGGAUGUUAUGGCUCGCGAUAAAGAGCAUCUUCCAACACCUAAGGACACAACUGUCUUUGAACACUCCACUAGCACCGGUGAAGAUUUGCCAGCGCAACAAAUGACCGUGGUCGCUGGAACAAUGAUUGAACACACUGAUCGAUCGACGGAACUCUUAGCUGAUACCACGUGGUCCACCCCGAAAGCAAAGGUAGAUACAAUCGACAGAACAGUAACCGAAGAAGCCAAAUAUACAGGUUUAACACCACCGACUACAUCCCGAACAACUGCAGACGGGAGCUUUGUAGAUUCGAAAGCAACAACUAGCUCCAGUGCCGUUCAUAUAGAACAAAAAACUUCCAGUACAACAGAAUUGCAUGGGAGCGUCGGAAGCUCCAGCCCGAAACAGCAGUCAUCUGAGGAUGCUAUGACUCGAAACGAAGAACAUCUUUCAACACCUGUGGAGACUACUGAUUUUGAACACCUCACUAGCACCGGUGGAGAAAUGCCAACAAUAAUCGAAAACACUGAUCGAUCCACGGAAUCCAUAGCGGAUACAACGUGGUCCACUCUGAAAGAAACGAUUACAGCAAACGACCGGACAGUAACCGAAGAAGGUCUUACCUCACCGACUACAUACCAAAUAAUUGAAGGCGGAACAACUAGCUCCGGUGCCGUCCUUACAGAACAAACAACUACCGGUACAAAAGAAUCGCAUGGAAGCGGCGGAAGUUCCAGCCCGAAACAGCCCGAUGGGGAUACUACAGAAAUAGCAGGAACAGAUACACCAACUUCAAAGGAAGUGGCUCAUGAUAGAGCAAAUACUACCAAAACUACGAGUUUAGAUCUUGAAUAUAAGACAUCCGGAAAACCAACGAACACUGAUAGCACAUUCACACCAACAGAGGAGUCCACAUCAGUUUUAUCCUCGAAGAUAGAAGAAACAACAACUGAUGCCAUGGUAUCCAGUGAACAAACAACGCUCGAUAGCGAUUACAUAUUUAAAAUCACUGAUGGUACCCAAGCUCCGGAAGAGGUCUUAGGGGAUAUCCCUCAAAAAACCAAUAAGGUCGACGAACUGGUAGGUACAGAUGAGCUACUUGCCACGUCACCAGCUCCAAAAAUUACUCCGACACUGGGGAAUGAAGCGAGUGAAUCAUCAGAAGCGCCCACACGAUAUACGACUGACAAGAAUGCGAUCUUAUCGAACGUUGGUCGAGAUAUUCUUACUACAACUACCGCUUCAUUACCACCAAAUACAAGCGAUACAGAUGUCAUUACUACAGUAACAAAUGCGGUAGUGUUAGCAGAAUCGGGUACGCGUACCACUUCGUCUACUCCCAGAAUUGAAACAGCAGAACCCAGUGAAGCAACAACCCGCGAAAGUGUUUUCACUUCGUUCUCUUCACACACAUACGCGGCGGAAGCGGAUGGCGAAUCAUCCGAAGAAACUACCGAUGACUCGGCUUAUAUAUAUGAUGAGUACUCAAGCCAGGAAACAACUACGAUACGUAGGGGUGGACCGGGUGUAACUACAGUUGCAUCAGACACCACAACGGAAAAUCAUCUAGUGAAAGAACAAAUAACAACCACUACCUCAAAGCAACUAGAUGCCAAUGAGUUAGGCAAAACGCCAGAAAUGCUAUCAUCAUCCACCGCUUCUUCGUCAACAACUUCUGCUGCUCCUAGUUCCGUCAAACCAAUAUUUUCAGAAAUUUUCACUACAACAAUGAGUUCACACGAAACUAGCUCUUCGGAAACUUCAACAUCCCCAAUAUCAAAGUUGGAGACAACUCAUGAUCAAAGUUCUGUGAAUCCUACAGAGGAUUCAUUCACAGUAACUGCUGCUGACCAAGAAAAGGGUUCAUUAGCAGCGGUUAGCUCAGCACCUGCCUCAAAAUCCGACACUGGAUCGUUGACAACAGAAACAACAAAUGCGAUGAACGUUGACCACUCUUUGCCCGUAGAAGAUAUAAUUGCUACAACAGAUUCCACAAGAGCUACCAGUCAGAAAAAAGAUGCAUCCACUGAAACUAACAUAAUUCAUAAGGGGUCAACAUCAACCAGUACAACAAAGCAGCCUGAUUUGCGAUCAGAUUUCAUUACAGCUCAAACUACAGCUUCCAGUGAAUAUUCCGACAGCACAUCACAGUCUUCAGUUGUAACUACAACCGAAUCAACGGUUAAUCUAGUUUCCUCUGUAGUCGAUACCGAACCGGGUAGAAGCGAUUCAUCGGAUACUAAUUUGGGAGAGCAUGAAGGAGUUUCUACUUCUAUGCCCAAAACAUACACUCAAAGUACGGAUGCAAUGACCCUUUCCUCAAGUGAUGGAAGUCAAUUUACAGUCGGAACAAUUCAGUCGAUUGGCAACGGCCUUUCUAGUGCUGAAACAUCAACGCAUGGCACAAAAACAACCGUUACAACAAUUACAAUGGAAGUACGCCUAAAAGAGACAAGCGUUACCCCUGAACAGGUAUUCACGACUACUCCAAUCAGUAGUUCUUCAGAAAUCAGUAACUCUACUAAACAGCCAAGCAUCCAAGUAACCUCUAACGCUUCCAGUGAUGUACAUUUCUCGGAAGAAAGCAGCACUGUUGGAACAAGCGUAACUAUGAUCUCAGUCGGAGACUCAAAUUCUCUAGAAUACACAACUAAAGGUAACAAAGAUCGACAAACUGAGAAAACCAGUGUAUAUACAUUAGGUACGAAGGAUGAUCAAGAAAUAACAACGACGAAGCAAGAUUCUCAAGCAGAAAUCCUAGAUUCAACGUCAACUACCCCCGUUAUGGAAGAUGAAAACGCUCAGAUGACUACAUCUCAGGUGCAAACAGAAACCUCUACAAGAGACGACAAAAUAGCUACUGCUGGUGUUUCAACGACUGAAAUUAUAGAAUUACAUGAUAACCAUACAACAACAAGUCUACUAUCCCAGACAAAAACGUAUACUGAGCCCUUCAUAUCCACUACGGAAUUUAAUACUAGGUCAACACUACCUGGUACUAGUUCUACCCAACAUACAGAUUCUAUAGGGCCAAGUACUGUUGAAACUGCCCAAAUAUCUACCGAUGAAGUGCUUGACGAUCACCGCAAACCGCAAACUUCUGGUCAGACUCAGGCAACCCCGUAUAAAGCAAUUUAUGAGACCACUCCAAAAAUGAUCACAACAAGCGAAUCAAACGAAGAUAAAAACAUUACAACCGAUAGGGAAGUUGAUUACAAUGUAACAUUUGUCCCAACGGAUAAGACCGUAACAUCUGAGAGCGUUACUGAGCUCUCGACCUUCGAUGAAUCGAAAAAUACAGUAGAAUACACAAUCAUUGAGGCAAGCUCGACAACUCAGUCAACGCCAGCGGUAGAUUCGGGUCCCAGUUUCUCGUCGGGUGGAGAAAAAGACACAAAUCAAACCAAACAUAACAAAACAUGCCAAACUUCUUCCGAUUGCAAAAUGUACGAGAUAUGUAAGCAAUCACUAUGUUUACCAGUUUGUCACGACAACCUACCUCCCAAUACAUCCUGCGUAAAAGAACCACCCGGUACCCCGAAAAUACCCGAACCCUGCAAAUCGGAUGCAGACUGCAUCGAAACGGAGGUUUGCUAUAUGGAGUUGUGCGAAAAUCCUUGUCUCAUCGACAGUGUUUGCGCACCAACCGCAACCUGCCACACGAAAAUGCACCGACCAAUCUGCACGUGUCCUCCGGGACACGAGGGCAACCCAAUGAUCAAGUGCACCCCGCUGGAACCAAUUCAAUGUACGUCGAGUGACGAGUGUCCUCUGAUGGAAGCCUGUGUCGGAAACGUAUGCCGUAGACCAUGCGAUGUGAAAAACCCUUGUGCUCCCAAAGCUGUGUGUAUUAAUAGGAACCACGGUUCCGAAUGCAGUUGUAUUGAAGGUUAUCACGGGAAUGGCUUUGUAUCAUGCGAACCAGUAACAACGCCAGGCUCGGUGUGUCAAUAUAACGAAGAUUGUCCCCCAGAUAAGUUAUGUGAUCGUUUGAAUCGAAGAUGUAUCAACCCUUGUCAGGAGGAUUCAUGCGGGGAGAACGCUGAAUGUUUCGGCCGAAAUCAUGGAGUUGAAUGUCGUUGCCGGGCCGGAUUUAUCGGAAAUGCAUACAUCGAAUGUGUGCUACUUCAAGGUUGUCGGUCGGACAGCGAAUGUAGCACAUACGAAGCUUGUGUCAAUGGUAAAUGUGCAUCUCCUUGUAAUUGCGGCGCGAACGCCCUCUGCGACGUACGCGACCAUAAACCACAGUGCAAGUGUCCUCCCGGAUACAAAGGUGACGGACGCCUCGGAUGUAGUCCACCAAGUAAUCCGUGUGAACCGAACCCAUGUGGGUUGAACGCCAUGUGUGAGAUAGACGCUGGCAAUCCGAUUUGUUUCUGUCCGAAGGGAAUGACUGGAAACCCGUUCAAAACAUGCAUUCCGGAAGGAGAUGAAUGUACGCCGAAUCCUUGUGGACCAAACAGCGGAUGCCGUAAGAUCGACGGUAAGCCUGCCUGCUUUUGUUUGCCGGAGUUCGAAGGGAAUCCCCCGGAGGAAGCAUGCAAACUACCACAAAACCCUUGCGACCCCUCGCCAUGUGGACCAAAUACUCUCUGUACCGUUCUCAACAACGGCUUCGCCAAAUGCACCUGCUUCAGCGGGUAUAUCGAAAGCCCGAACACAAUCCGUGGAUGUAUCGAACCAAAGAAUCCCUGCGAGCCAAACCCGUGUGGAGCAGGAGCGAUUUGUGAUUCUUCUCGCAAUCCUGUAUGUUACUGUUCGGAAGGAUUGAUUGGAAAUCCCUUCCGAAGUUGUCAAGAACCGGUAGUAACUCCCGAGUUAUGCAAACCGGGACCUUGUGGAAGAAAUGCCGACUGUUAUGUCGUACAAGGCAGAGAACAAUGCUAUUGCAGCCCUGGAUUUAUCGGUGACGCAUAUGUCGGUUGUACCCAGCAACCACAUUCGGUAUGUGAACCGAAUCCGUGUGGCCCAGGAGCGACAUGUAUGGUACUACCAGAUGGUUCACCAAUGUGUAGCUGUCCAUCAGGAAUCAGUGGAGAUCCUACCAGUUCCGAAGGAUGUCAUGGAUUCGAGUGCCGAGUUGAUGACGACUGCUCAGCGGACACAGCAUGUAUAGGAUUCCGAUGCGUCGAUCCGUGUCCGGGAUCGUGUGGGUCAGGUGCAUACUGUAAGGUUGAAAAACAUCACCCAGUAUGCUUCUGUAAUGCAGGACUCACCGGUAAUCCAGCAUCUCGAUGCUAUUCCACCGAAGGACGCGUCCCGGGUAACCAAUGUAAUCCAGGCACGUGUGGUGUAAACACGCAAUGUACGAUUCGCAGUGGUAGACCCAUUUGCAAGUGUCUACCGAAUUACAGGGGUGAUCCUAGAAAGGGUUGCAAAGCAGAAUGUGAACUGAAUUCAGAUUGUCCAUCGGACAAGGCUUGUGUUAACCGAAAAUGCGUCAAACCAUGCAAUGGAGAUAUCUGCGGUGUCAAUGCCGAAUGCCAUGUUGAAUAUCACACCCCUAUGUGUAAGUGCCCGAAUGGGUUCACCGGUGAUGCAUUUGUACACUGUGUGACGAUUCCGGAGGAAAAAAAUUCGACCAGACAACCAUGUCUCUCGUCACCAUGUGGCGUUCAGGGCGUGUGUGCAGUCUACGGUGAUGACGUCGCUUUAUGUGACCCAUGUACAGCGCCAAAUGCGGCACUCAACCCCAGUUGCAGGCCACAGUGCGUGGUGAACACGGACUGUCCCUUCAACUUGGCAUGUCUUCAGGGAAAAUGCCAGGAUCCUUGCCCCGGUUCUUGUGGAUACAAUGCACUGUGCACCGUAGAACAACACCGACCGGUAUGUUCGUGCCCUUCGGGAUUGUAUGGCAACCCCUAUGAAAGAUGUGUUCAGCAAGAUACCCCACUCGAAACCUGUGACACAAUACGUUGUGGAGCAAACACGGACUGCAAAAGAAUGGGAGGGGUGUUGUCCUGUGUUUGUAAGAAGAACUAUUAUGGUGAUCCCUUGGUCGGUUGUAGACCGGAAUGUGUUAUCAACACGGAUUGUGCAGUCAACAGAGCAUGUAUAAACAAUCGUUGUCAAGAUCCAUGCGUUGGAGUUUGUGGUGUAAAUGCUCUUUGUAAAGUGGUUAAUCAUCUACCUGUGUGUCACUGUCCGCCCACGCAUACUGGUGACGCACUUAUAUCGUGUACUGAAAGAACCUUCAUACCUCCGGACACUACACCAUGCGAUCCAAACCCAUGUGGUCCCAGUAGCAAAUGUCUAACAACACCAGACAACUAUGCUGUCUGUUCAUGCCUCCCGGGUUUCCGGGGUAGGCCUCCUGCUUGCCAAGCCGAGUGUAUGAUCAAUGCGGAAUGUCCCCAGAAUAAGGCUUGUAUUAAUUUGAAAUGUGUUGACCCAUGUCCCGGAACAUGCGGAGUUGGAGCAAGAUGUGAAAUCUUGAACCACAACCCAAUCUGUAGUUGCGGCCCCCAUCAACAUGGCGAUCCAUUCGUGAAAUGCGAAUCUACACCAGAUAUGGAAAAUGAACCACCAACGAAGAAUCCUUGCGACCCGUCCCCGUGCGGAAUGAAUUCGAUUUGUCAGGUAAAACGCAAUCGACCCGUGUGUUCUUGUCAGCCGAAUUAUAUAGGCAGUCCACCAUAUUGUCGACCGGAGUGUGUGCUCAGCUCCGAAUGUCCCCAGGAUAAAGCCUGUAUCAACGAGAAGUGUCAGAAUCCCUGUGAGAACGCUUGUGGUGCGAACGCGGACUGUCACGUUGUGGCCCAUUCAGCGUUCUGCAACUGUCGAACAGGAUUCGAAGGUGAUGCAUUCAUUGGAUGCACUGAAAUCUCGAGAGAAAUAACGCCUAAAGAUGCCUGUAAUCCUAGCCCUUGUGCAGAAAAUGCGUUAUGUAGCGAAGUUAAUGGAGCAGCUAAAUGUACUUGCAUCGCACCGUACUUCGGUGAUCCCUACAGCACUGGAUGUCGACCAGAAUGCGUACUCCAUUCCGACUGCCCUAGUCAUCUGGCGUGUGUGAAUCAACACUGCCGAGAUCCAUGCCCGGGAGUAUGUGGAUCGAAUGCCGAAUGUACAGUUGCAAACCAUAUUCCAGUUUGUGAGUGUAGUCGUGGAUUCAUUGGCGACCCAUUCCGGGGAUGUCGAAAGGAUAUACCGGUGCCAGUAACUCCCACAGAUCCAUGCUCACAGUGUCCGUCGAACAGUGUAUGUCGUAUAGUUCAGGGACGACCAACGUGCUCGUGUCCGGAAGGAUACCGCGGUGCACCGCCAGCUUGUAGACCGGAAUGUUCCAGCCACGAGGAAUGCCGCCACGAUCAGGGUUGCAUAGAUCUCAAGUGUAAAGACCCCUGUCCAGGAUUGUGUGGCAUUAACGCACAGUGUCAAGUGAUCAACCACAAACCUUUCUGCAGUUGUCUCAAAGAUUAUUACGGAAAUCCGUUCGAACAAUGUAUGCCUAAACCCGUCGAACCUGUACAUCCCUGCCAACCGAGUCCAUGCGGGCCGUAUUCCGAGUGUCGUGAACAUAAUGAUCGCGCUGUUUGUACGUGUGUCGCAGGAAUGCUCGGUGCGCCACCCAAUUGUCGUCCCGAAUGUGAAACACAUCAGGACUGCCCGUCGAACCGAGCAUGCUUUGGCCGGAAGUGUAAAGAUCCCUGUGUUGGAUCAUGCGGUUUCAAUGCACAAUGUGCCACUCGUGAUCACCGUCCGGAAUGCUACUGCAUGGAAGGAUUCGAAGGGGACCCGUACACCGGCUGCAACCCAAUCGUUGUUUAUCGGGAAGAAAUAGUAGAACCUUGCAACCCUUCGCCAUGUGGAUCAAAUGCUAUCUGUAAAGAACGUAAUGGUGCUGGUUCCUGUACGUGCAUGCGAGACUAUUUUGGGGAUCCGUACAUUAGCUGUAGACCAGAAUGCGUUCAAAAUUCAGACUGUCCUCUCGACAAGUCAUGCUCCAACACGAAAUGUGUUGAUCCAUGCCUUGGCACAUGCGGUCUGAAUGCUGAAUGCCGUGUACAUAAUCACUCUCCUAUAUGUAAUUGUGUAACUGGAUUCGUUGGCAAUCCUUCACAAGCCUGUCAUGCUCUAGAACAACCUAAGGAAGAGCCUAUUGUUGACCCUUGUCUCCCAUCGCCCUGUGGUCCCUAUAGCAUUUGUCGAGUAGUGAAUAAUCAUGCGGUCUGCUCAUGUCAGGACAAAUGUAUCGGAGCACCUCCGAACUGUCGACCAGAAUGUAUUAUCAACUCCGAAUGCUCUAGGGAUAAAUCAUGCGUUAAUCAACGCUGCGUGGAUCCAUGCCCCGGAACAUGUGGUCUCAAUGCCAGAUGCCGAACCGUGAAUCAUAACCCAAUAUGCAGUUGUAACACAGGAUUUACUGGUGAUCCGUUUGUGCAAUGCUCUCCUGAACAGAUACAACCUAUAAUAUUAGACGAGAACUUGAACCCUUGUCAGCCAUCUCCAUGUGGGCCUAAUUCUAUUUGUCGUGUGCAAAACAGUCGCGCAGUCUGUUCGUGUGUGCCAAAUUACAUUGGCAGACCUCCCAGUUGUCGACCAGAGUGUGUCGUCAAUUCUGAGUGUCCAAUGAAUUUAGCAUGUGUGAAUGAGAAAUGCGUCGAUCCUUGCCAAGGGUCAUGUGGGUUCAAUGCCGAAUGUAGGGUUGUAUCGCACAGCCCUAUGUGCACAUGUUAUCCUGAACACACAGGUGAUCCCUUCGCCGGUUGCAAUAGAGUUCAAAUACUUCAAGAACCACCGCCUAUGCCGUGUACACCGAGCCCGUGUGGCGUCAAUGCCAUCUGUAGAGAGCAAAAUGGCGCUGGUUCGUGCACUUGUCUACCCGAAUAUUUCGGUGAUCCAUACGUUGGUUGUCGACCGGAAUGUGUCAUGAAUAGUGACUGUCCAAGAACGCGAUCUUGCAUGAACAAUAAAUGUGUUGACCCUUGCCCUGGCACAUGUGGCACAAAUUCAGAGUGUCAUGUCAUAAAUCAUGCACCAACAUGUACUUGUAUCAAUGGUUUUGUUGGCAAUCCAUUCAUCUCUUGUUCACCACAACCGGAAAUUCGAGAAGAACCAGUUAAUCCUUGCCAACCGUCGCCUUGUGGUCCGAACAGUAACUGCCGCGUGGUGAACAACCACGCUGUCUGCUCGUGCAGUUCCAGCUUCAUCGGUGCUCCUCCAAAUUGUCGCCCAGAGUGUGUGGUUAGUUCGGAAUGUCCGUUAGAUAAAUCUUGCAUUGAUCAAAAGUGUAAAGAUCCUUGUCCGGGUACCUGUGGACUUAAUGCACGCUGUCAAGUGGUCAACCACAAUCCCAUUUGCAGCUGUCAGAGUGGUUUCACGGGUGACCCAUUUAUAAGAUGCAUUCCGGAAGAAAAGCGUCCUGUUGUUGAUAAUGAUCCCAGUGAUCCUUGUGAACCUUCCCCGUGUGGACCAAAUUCUCAGUGCAGGGCGGUUGGACAAACCGCAGCAUGUUCCUGCUUGCCGAAUUACAUCGGCCGAGCUCCGAACUGUCGCCCCGAAUGUACUCUAAACUCUGAAUGUUCGGCGAUGCAAGCUUGCAUCAACGAAAAAUGCAAAGAUCCAUGUCCCGGAUCUUGUGGAAUGCUUGCUACAUGUGUCGUGCAAAAUCAUCAACCAAACUGUAAAUGUUAUGACGGUUAUACUGGAGAUCCAUAUUCAGUCUGCACGAUAAUACCAAUUAAAUAUGAGCCGGAAAAUAUCGACCCUUGCAACCCUUCACCGUGUGGGGUUAACGCGGAAUGUAACGUGCGUAACAAUGCUGGCUCUUGUACUUGUCUACCCGAAUAUUUUGGCGACCCUUAUAUUGAGUGCAGACCAGAAUGUGUUCUCAACACCGAUUGCCCCAAAACCCAAGCAUGUCUGAACAAUAAAUGCAAAGAUCCCUGCCCUGGUAUUUGUGGACUGAACGCAGAAUGUUACGUUUCAAACCACUCUCCAAUGUGUUCGUGCAUAACCGGCUUCGUUGGUAAUCCUUCGGUUGCAUGUAAUGAGAUCCCAAAACUAGCAGACCCAGUCCCCGUAAACCCAUGUCGCCCUUCCCCUUGCGGUCCUUACAGCGAAUGUCGUGAGAUCAAUUCGCAUGCGGUCUGUUCUUGCCAACAAAAUUAUAUCGGUAGUCCACCUGCCUGCCGUCCGGAGUGUGUCGUAAGCUCUGAGUGUGCGCAGGAUAAAGCUUGUAUGAACCAAAAAUGCGUUGACCCGUGUCCCGGAACGUGUGGACAGAAUGCAAGAUGCAAUACAAUCAACCAUAAUCCCAUCUGUAGUUGCUCUCCCGGCUUUACCGGUGAUCCUUUCAUACGCUGUCUUCUAGAAGAAAAACGUCCGGAACCCAAAGAACAGGAAAAUCCGUGCAUACCAAACCCCUGCGGACCCAACUCGCAAUGUCGCGCUGUUGGUUCUGUUCCUGCAUGCUCUUGUCUGCCAAACUAUAUCGGGCGUGCUCCAAACUGUCGUCCGGAGUGCACAAUUAAUUCAGAAUGCGCCGGAAAUCUUGCAUGCAUAAAUGAGAAAUGUCAGGAUCCAUGCCCGGGCUCGUGUGGACUGAACGCUAUUUGCAAUGUAAUUAAACACUCUCCCGUAUGCUCCUGCUCGAAUGGUUAUACCGGGGAUCCCUUCUCUGGGUGUAUGGAUAUUCCUACUCUACCGGUUCGAGACGAAAAACAAGAUCCGUGUAAUCCGUCACCAUGUGGACCUAAUGCAGUUUGCAAGGAACGAAUGGGUGCAGGUUCUUGUACGUGUUUACCGGAAUAUUUCGGCGAUCCGUACAGUGGCUGUCGUCCAGAAUGUGUCACAAAUAGCGACUGCCCCCGUAACAAAGCAUGUGUUAGUAACAAAUGUAAAGAUCCUUGCCCGGGUGUAUGUGGUAUCAACGCUGAAUGUUACGUAGCCAACCACUCACCUAACUGUAAUUGCAUUUCUGGCUUCACUGGUGAUCCACUGUCCGCUUGUCAUGAACCAACUCCGUCGAAAAUGAACGAACCCAUCAAUCCGUGUUCGCCAAGUCCUUGUGGACCCAAUAGUAUAUGUCGUGAAACCAACGGACACGCUGUGUGUUCAUGUCAGGCUGGCCUCAUCGGAACUCCACCCAAUUGUCGGCCAGAAUGUGUUGUUAGUUCCGAAUGUGCUCGUGACAAAGCUUGCAUUAAUCAAAAAUGUCAAGAUCCUUGCCCGGGCACGUGCGGACUUAAUGCACGUUGCCAGAUCGUGAACCACAGCCCUAUCUGUAGCUGUUCUCCAGGCUUUUCUGGAGAUCCUUUCACUAGAUGCAUACCAGAAGAAACCCGGCCUGUGGUAUCUAAGCCUAUUGAUCCAUGUGUACCAUCUCCCUGUGGGCCAAACUCUCAGUGUCGUGCUGUUGGUAAUACACCUGCUUGCUCGUGUCUACCGAACUACAUAGGUAGAGCACCCAACUGCCGACCGGAGUGUAUGAUAAACGCGGAAUGCUCAGCUAAUUUAGCUUGUGUAAAUGAAAGAUGUAAAGACCCAUGCGCCGGUUCAUGCGGCCUGAAUGCUAUUUGCACCGUCAUAAAGCACAAUCCGGUUUGCUCCUGUCAAGUUGGAUUCACUGGUGAUCCGUUUUCAGUGUGCACCGAGUUUACUCCUCCACGUACACCUGAACCUACCAAUCCCUGCAAUCCAUCCCCGUGUGGAGCUAACGCAGUGUGUAAAGAACGCAAUGGGGCAGGAUCAUGUACCUGUUUACAGGAUUAUUUCGGUGAUCCCUAUACCGGUUGUCGCCCAGAAUGUGUGCAGAACUCGGAUUGUGACAAAUUCCGAGCAUGUGCCAACAACAAAUGCAAAGAUCCAUGUCCAGGAGUGUGUGGAUUGAACGCGGAAUGCACAGUACAAAACCACAGUCCAAUCUGUUUCUGCAUCGAAGGCUACACUGGAGACCCAUCGAGAGGUUGCAGCAUUAAAGAGAUAGUAACUGAGCGCCCAAAAUCCGAGGGUUGCUAUCCGUCGCCGUGCGGACCGAACAGUUUGUGCAGAGAAAUAAACGGACACCCAGUUUGCUCCUGCCAGUCAGGAUUCAUCGGAACGCCACCUUCGUGUAGACCAGAAUGUGUCGUAAGUUCGGAGUGUAGUCAAGACAAGGCCUGUGUGAACCAAAAAUGCGCAGAUCCUUGCCCAGGUGUGUGUGGAACGGAGGCGCGCUGUCAGGUUGUCAAUCACAAUCCAAUAUGCAGUUGCCCGCCAGGCUUUACCGGGGAUCCUUUCAUCCAGUGCGUUGAAAAAGAAAUUACUAGGGAUCCACCAGAACCUACCGAUCCAUGCCUGCCGUCACCUUGUGGACCAAACUCGCACUGUAGAGUUGUCGGAAAGCAAGCCGCCUGCACAUGUCAAACGAAUUACAUUGGCCGUCCCCCGAAUUGCCGACCGGAAUGUACAAUUGAUGCGGAAUGCGCCAGUAACCUGGCGUGUCAAAAUGAACGCUGUAGCGAUCCAUGCCCCGGAGCUUGUGGCUACAAUGCCGCUUGUCAAGCUAUCAAUCAUCGCGCGGUUUGUACGUGUAACGAAGGGUUCGAGGGUAACCCGUUGGUACAAUGUGACCGAUCACUGCCACCGACAACGGAACGAUUGACACCGUGUACACCAUCCCCUUGCGGGCCUAACGCGGAAUGCAGGGAAAGAAACAAUGCUGGAGCCUGCUACUGUCUACGUGGAUAUGAAGGAAAUCCGUAUGAUGUUUUCUCUGGAUGCCGCCGAGAAUGCGACGUAAAUAGUGAUUGUGUAGAAAAGUUAGCAUGUGUGAAUUACAAGUGCGUCGAUCCGUGUCCAGGUGUAUGUGGAAGUCAGGCACUAUGCGAAAUAGUUAACCAUGUCCCCACUUGUGUUUGUCCGGAAGGCAUGAUUGGCGAUCCUUUCACGCAAUGCGAAUUCAGACUUGAAGAUCCAAGUACUAGAGCACCACCAGUUUGUGACCAAAGUACGUGUGGUCCGAACAGCAUCUGUCGAAUCUUGAAUGGUGUAGCAAUCUGCAAGUGUCAACCGGAAAUGGUUGGAAGUCCACCUAACUGCGAACCAGAAUGUACUCGAAGUGCAGACUGUGAUGCACAGCGGGCCUGUGUGAACUACAAGUGCAUCGAUCCCUGUCCAGGCUCUUGCGGACAAAAUGCCAAAUGUCAAGUUAUCAAUCAUAACCCGAUCUGCAGUUGCAGACAAGAUUUUACGGGUGAUCCAUUUUCACGGUGCUACAAAGAGAUUACUACUACCACUGCAGCGCCACCUACUCCAUGCGUACCUUCCCCUUGCGGUCCGAACGCUGAAUGUAAAGUAGUUGGUAAUAACGAGGCGUGCACCUGUUUGCCGGAUUACAUCGGAUCGCCACCAAACUGUCGUCCCGAGUGCAUCCUGAGCACAGCAUGCAAAGAAAAUCAGGCUUGUAUUCGUCAGAAAUGCGCAGAUCCGUGUCCGGGAUCGUGCGGCCUCAACGCCAAAUGUUCGGUUGUUAAUCACACGCCAGUAUGUGCCUGCGAAGAAGGAUAUACAGGAGAUCCUUUCACAAACUGUCAAUUCAUCCAGGCCGAUUUACCCAAAUACGUUGAAUCCCCAUGUGUCCCGAGUCCUUGUGGAGCAAACGCACUCUGUAGAGAGCAAAACGGUGCAGGAUCGUGUACUUGCAUCGAGGAUCACUUCGGAAAUCCAUACGAAGGUUGUCGCCCCGAGUGUGUCUUGAACUCUGACUGUCCCACCAAUCGUGCUUGUGUUCGCAAUAAGUGUCAGGAUCCAUGUCCAGGAACUUGUGGGCAAAACGCCGAAUGUCAAAUUGUUAAUCAUCUGCCUUCCUGCACGUGCAUUGAAGGGUACGAGGGAGACCCCUUCCGGCAUUGUGUUAUCAAACGAAAAGAACCAAUCAUCACCACCGAACCCUGUCAGCCUUCGCCGUGUGGAGCUAACAGUCAAUGUCGCGAAGUCAAUGGGCAACCCGUUUGUUCGUGUUUGCCAACAUACGUUGGAACACCUCCCGGAUGUCGUCCGGAGUGUGUCGCUAGUUCUGAGUGUCCUCAAAAUAAAGCAUGCAUCAAUCAAAUAUGUAACGACCCAUGCCCCGGAACUUGUGGUACCAACGCUCGAUGUAAUGUAAACCACCACAGCCCAAUUUGCAUUUGUUUGAAUGGCUAUACUGGCGAUCCGUUCACCAGGUGCUAUUUUGACCCUCCACCAUCUGAAGAUACACAAAUAAUACCCCGUGACCCAUGUGUUCCUUCACCAUGUGGUUCAAACGCACAAUGUAGAGUCCAAAAUGGAGCACCGUCUUGUUCGUGUCUAACGAACUACAUAGGAUUGCCACCAAAUUGUAGACCAGAGUGCACCAUCAACGCAGAAUGCUCAAGUAAUCAGGCUUGUAUGAACGAAAAAUGUAGAGAUCCUUGUCCUGGAUCAUGCGGAAUUGGAGCCAGAUGUAAUGUCAUCAAUCAUACACCAGUUUGUACCUGUGACGUUGGUUAUACCGGAGAUCCAUUCACCAACUGUUAUCCGGCACCUCAACCUCCACAACAAGAUCCUAUUGAUCCAUGUAAUCCUUCACCUUGUGGAUCAAAUGCACUAUGUAACAAUGGAAUCUGUACUUGCAUGACAGAAUAUCGAGGUGAUCCAUAUCAAGGAUGUAGACCCGAAUGUGUACUGAAUUCUGAUUGUGCACGUGAUAAGGCAUGCAUUCGAAAUAAAUGCAUUGAUCCAUGUCCCGGAACAUGUGGACAAGACGCUAUAUGUGAAGUAAUUAACCAUAUUCCGAUGUGUAGUUGUCCAAAAGGAAGGGCCGGAAAUGCAUUCUUAGAAUGUAGACCUCAACAAGAUCCAGUGAAGACCAAUCCUUGUAGUCCAUCUCCAUGUGGUCCCAAUAGCCAGUGUCGAGAAAUCAAUGGACAGGGUGUUUGUUCUUGUGUACCAGGUUUCAUUGGAAGUCCACCAAUGUGUAGACCAGAAUGUGUUGUAAGCUCAGAGUGUCCACAAAAUCAAGCAUGCAAUAAUCAGAAAUGUAGAGAUCCUUGUCCAGGAACAUGUGGCAUUGGAGCACGAUGUUCAGUGGUAAACCAUAAUCCUAUAUGUAGUUGCCCAGAACGAAUGACUGGUGAUCCAUUUGUCCGCUGUCAACCUAUGAUUGAACCACUUGUUCAAAUUACUUCCAUAAACCCAUGUCAACCAUCUCCUUGUGGGCCUAACGCUGAAUGUAGACCUGUCGGAGAUUCUCCCUCAUGUACAUGUCGAGAGAACAUGAUCGGAGCUCCUCCAAAUUGUCGACCUGAAUGUGUAAGCAACGCGGAGUGUUCCAGCAAUCUUGCAUGUAUCAGACAGAAAUGUCAGGAUCCAUGUACAAACGCAUGUGGAUCAAAUGCUGAAUGCAGAGUAGUUAGUCAUACACCCAUGUGCAUUUGCGCAGUCGGGUUCACAGGUGAUCCAUUCACUCAGUGUUCCACAAUACAACAAGACGUUCCAAGAGAACCCAUUUCACCAUGUAUUCCAAGUCCUUGUGGAGCAAACGCUUUCUGCAGAGAACAAAAUGGAGCCGGUUCGUGUACAUGUAAUGAAGAUCACUUUGGAAAUCCAUACGAAGGAUGUCGUCCAGAAUGCGUUCUAAACUCCGAUUGUCCUUCGAACAGAGCUUGCGUCAGGAAUAAAUGUCAAGAUCCUUGUCCAGGAACAUGUGGACAGAACGCACAAUGUCAGGUCGUAAACCACUUACCAUCAUGCACUUGCAUCACUGGAUUCGAAGGCGAUCCGUUCAGAUACUGUAGUGUCCAAAAGGAUGAACCAAAGAAGGAUUAUGUUAAUCCUUGCCAACCCAGUCCAUGUGGUCCAAAUAGCCAAUGUCGUGAGGUCAACGGUCAGGGAGUUUGUUCUUGUUUACCCACUUACAUUGGAAGCCCUCCAGGAUGUCGCCCUGAAUGUGUCAGUAGUUCUGAAUGUCCUCUAGACAAGGCUUGUGUCAAUCAAAAGUGUGUUGACCCUUGUCCUGGAACUUGUGGUACUAAUGCCAGAUGUAAUACCAAGAACCACAGUCCCAUUUGUUCUUGUCAAUCUGGAUAUACCGGAGAUCCAUUCACAAGAUGUUUCCCUAUUCCACCACCCACACAAAACAACCCAGUAGUAGUCCGUAAUCCAUGUGUUCCUUCUCCAUGUGGACCAAAUUCACAAUGCAGAAACUUCAAUGAAUCACCUUCGUGCUCAUGCACAGGAGGUUACAUUGGAUCACCACCGAAUUGUAGACCAGAGUGCACCAUCAACGCAGAAUGCUCAAGUAAUCAGGCUUGUAUGAACGAAAAGUGUAGAGAUCCUUGUCCUGGAUCAUGCGGAAUUGGAGCCAGAUGUAACGUCAUCAAUCAUACACCAGUUUGUACCUGUGACGUUGGUUAUACCGGAGAUCCAUUUACCAACUGUUAUCCCGCACCUCCGCCUCCACAGCAAGAUCCUAUUGAUCCAUGUAAUCCUUCACCUUGUGGAUCAAAUGCACUGUGUAACAAUGGAAUUUGUACUUGCGUGACAGAAUAUCAAGGUGAUCCAUAUCAAGGAUGUAGACCCGAAUGUGUACUGAAUUCUGAUUGUGCACGUGAUAAGGCAUGCAUUCGAAAUAAAUGCAUUGAUCCAUGUCCCGGAACAUGUGGACAAGACGCUAUAUGUGAAGUAAUCAACCAUAUUCCGAUGUGUAGUUGUCCAAAAGGAAGGGCCGGAAAUGCAUUCUUAGAAUGUAGACCUCAACAAGAUCCAGUGAAGACCAAUCCUUGUAGUCCAUCUCCAUGUGGUCCUAAUAGCCAGUGUCGAGAAAUCAAUGGACAGGGUGUUUGUUCUUGUGUACCAGGUUUCAUUGGAAGUCCACCAAUGUGUAGACCAGAAUGUGUUGUAAGCUCAGAAUGUCCACAAAAUCAAGCAUGCAAUAAUCAGAAAUGUAGAGAUCCUUGUCCAGGAACAUGUGGCAUUGGAGCACGAUGUUCAGUGGUAAACCAUAAUCCUAUAUGUAGUUGCCCAGAACGAAUGACUGGUGAUCCAUUUGUCCGCUGUCAACCUAUGAUUGAACCAUCUGUUCCUAUAACUCCCAUAAACCCAUGUCAACCAUCUCCUUGUGGUCCUAACGCUGAGUGUAGACCUGUCGGAGAUUCUCCCUCAUGUACAUGUCGAGAGAACAUGAUCGGAGCUCCUCCAAAUUGUCGACCUGAAUGUGUAAGCAACGCGGAGUGUUCCAGCAAUCUUGCAUGUAUCAGACAGAAAUGUCAGGAUCCAUGUACAAACGCAUGUGGAUCGAAUGCUGAAUGCAGAGUAGUUAGUCAUACACCGAUGUGCAUUUGCGCAGUUGGGUUCACAGGUGAUCCAUUCACUCAGUGUUCCACAAUACAACAAGAUGUUACAAGAGACCCCAUUUCACCAUGUCUUCCAAGUCCUUGUGGAGCAAACGCUUUCUGCAGAGAACAAAAUGGAGCCGGUUCGUGUACAUGUAAUGAAGAUCACUUUGGAAAUCCAUACGAAGGAUGUCGUCCAGAAUGCGUUCUAAACUCCGAUUGUCCUUCGAACAGAGCUUGCGUCAGGAAUAAAUGUCAAGAUCCUUGUCCAGGAACAUGUGGACAAAACGCACAAUGUCAGGUCGUAAACCACUUACCAUCAUGUACUUGCAUCACUGGAUUCGAAGGCGAUCCGUUCAGAUACUGUAGUGUCCAAAAGGAUGAACCAAAGAAGGAUUAUGUUAAUCCUUGCCAACCCAGCCCAUGUGGUCCAAAUAGCCAAUGUCGUGAGGUCAACGGUCAGGGAGUUUGUUCUUGCUUACCCACUUACAUUGGAAGCCCUCCAGGAUGUCGCCCUGAAUGUGUCAGUAGUUCUGAAUGUUCCCUAGACAAGGCCUGUGUCAAUCAAAAAUGUGUUGAUCCAUGUCCUGGAACUUGUGGUACUAAUGCCAGAUGUAAUACCCGAAAUCACAGUCCAAUUUGUUCUUGUCAAUCUGGAUAUACCGGAGAUCCAUUCACAAGAUGUUCCCCUAUUCCACCACCCACACAAAACAACCCAAUAGUAGUCCGUGAUCCAUGUGUUCCUUCUCCGUGUGGACCAAAUUCACAAUGCAGAAGCUUCAAUGAAGCACCUUCGUGCUCUUGUAUUGGAGGUUAUAUUGGAUCGCCACCGAAUUGUAGACCAGAGUGCACCAUCAACGCAGAAUGCUCAAGUAAUCAGGCUUGUAUGAACGAAAAAUGUAGAGAUCCUUGUCCUGGAUCAUGUGGAAUUGGAGCCAGAUGUAACGUCAUCAAUCAUACACCAGUUUGUACCUGUGACGUUGGAUAUACCGGAGAUCCAUUUACCAACUGUUAUCCCGCACCUCCAAUUCCUCCACAGCAAGAUCCUAUUGAUCCAUGUAAUCCUUCACCUUGUGGAUCAAAUGCACUGUGUAACAAUGGAAUCUGUACUUGCAUGACAGAAUAUCAAGGUGAUCCAUAUCAAGGAUGUAGACCCGAAUGUGUACUGAAUUCUGAUUGUGCACGUGAUAAGGCAUGCAUUCGAAAUAAAUGCAUUGAUCCAUGUCCCGGAACAUGUGGACAAGACGCUAUAUGUGAAGUAAUCAACCAUAUUCCGAUGUGUAGUUGUCCAAAAGGAAGGGCCGGAAAUGCAUUCUUAGAAUGUAGACCACAACAAGAUCCAGUGAAGACCAAUCCUUGUAGUCCAUCUCCAUGUGGUCCCAAUAGCCAGUGUCGAGAAAUCAAUGGACAGGGUGUUUGUUCUUGUGUACCAGGUUUCAUUGGGAGUCCACCAAUGUGUAGACCAGAAUGUGUUGUAAGCUCAGAAUGUCCACAAAAUCAAGCAUGCAAUAAUCAGAAAUGUAGAGAUCCUUGUCCAGGAACAUGUGGCAUUGGAGCACGAUGUUCAGUGGUAAACCAUAAUCCUAUAUGUAGUUGCCCAGAACGAAUGACUGGUGAUCCAUUUGUCCGUUGUCAACCUAUGAUUGAACCAUCUGUUCCUAUAACUCCCAUAAACCCAUGUCAACCAUCUCCUUGUGGGCCUAACGCUGAAUGUAGACCUGUCGGAGAUUCUCCCUCAUGUACAUGUCGAGAGAAUAUGAUCGGAGCUCCUCCAAAUUGUCGACCUGAAUGUGUAAGCAACGCGGAGUGUUCCAGCAAUCUUGCAUGUAUCAAACAGAAAUGUCAGGAUCCAUGUACAAACGCAUGUGGAUCAAAUGCUGAAUGCAGAGUAGUUAGUCAUACACCCAUGUGCAUUUGCGCAGUCGGGUUCACAGGUGAUCCAUUCACUCAGUGUUCCACAAUACAACAAGACGUUCCAAGAGAACCCAUUUCACCAUGUAUUCCAAGUCCUUGUGGAGCAAACGCUUUCUGCAGAGAACAAAAUGGAGCCGGUUCAUGUACAUGUAAUGAAGAUCACUUUGGAAAUCCAUACGAAGGAUGUCGUCCAGAAUGCGUUCUAAACUCCGAUUGUCCUUCAAACAGAGCUUGCGUCAGGAAUAAAUGUCAAGAUCCUUGUCCAGGAACAUGUGGACAGAACGCACAAUGUCAGGUCGUAAACCACUUACCAUCAUGUACUUGCAUCACUGGAUUCGAAGGCGAUCCGUUCAGAUACUGUAGUGUCCAAAAGGAUGAACCAAAGAAGGAUUAUGUUAAUCCUUGCCAACCCAGCCCAUGUGGUCCAAAUAGCCAAUGUCGUGAGGUCAACGGUCAGGGAGUUUGUUCUUGCUUACCCACUUACAUUGGAAGCCCUCCAGGAUGUCGCCCUGAAUGUGUCAGUAGUUCUGAAUGUCCUCUAGACAAGGCUUGUGUCAAUCAAAAGUGUGUUGGCCCUUGUCCUGGAACUUGUGGUACUAAUGCCAGAUGUAAUACCAAGAACCACAGUCCCAUUUGUUCUUGUCAAUCUGGAUAUACCGGAGAUCCAUUCACAAGAUGUUUCCCUAUUACACCACCCACACAAAACAACCCAAUAGUGGUCCGUGAUCCAUGUGUUCCUUCUCCGUGUGGACCAAAUUCACAAUGCAGAAACUUUAAUGAAGCACCUUCGUGCUCUUGUAUUGGAGGUUAUAUUGGAUCGCCACCGAAUUGUAGACCAGAGUGCACCAUCAACGCAGAAUGCUCAAGUAAUCAGGCUUGUAUGAACGAAAAAUGUAGAGAUCCUUGUCCUGGAUCAUGUGGAAUUGGAGCCAGAUGUAACGUCAUCAAUCAUACACCAGUUUGUACCUGUGACGUUGGUUAUACCGGAGAUCCAUUUACGAACUGUUAUCCCGCACCUCCGCCUCCACAGCAAGAUCCUAUUGAUCCAUGUAAUCCUUCACCUUGUGGAUCAAAUGCACUGUGUAACAAUGGAAUCUGUACUUGCAUGACAGAAUAUCAAGGUGAUCCAUAUCAAGGAUGUAGACCCGAAUGUGUACUAAAUUCUGAUUGUGCACGGGAUAAGGCAUGCAUUCGAAAUAAAUGCAUUGAUCCAUGUCCCGGAACAUGUGGACAAGACGCUAUAUGUGAAGUAAUCAACCAUAUUCCGAUGUGUAGUUGUCCAAAAGGAAGGGCCGGAAAUGCAUUCUUAGAAUGUAGACCACAACAAGAUCCAGUGAAGACCAAUCCUUGUAGUCCAUCUCCAUGUGGUCCCAAUAGCCAGUGUCGAGAAAUCAAUGGACAGGGUGUUUGUUCUUGUGUACCAGGUUACAUUGGAAGUCCACCAAUGUGUAGACCAGAAUGUGUUGUAAGCUCAGAAUGUCCACAAAAUCAAGCAUGCAAUAAUCAAAAAUGUAGAGAUCCUUGUCCAGGAACAUGUGGCAUUGGAGCACGAUGUUCAGUGGUAAACCAUAAUCCUAUAUGUAGUUGCCAAGAACGAAUGACUGGUGAUCCAUUUGUCCGUUGUCAACCUAUGAUUGAACCAUCUGUUCCUAUAACUCCUAUAAACCCAUGUCAACCUUCUCCUUGUGGGCCUAACGCUGAAUGUAGACCUGUCGGAGAUUCUCCCUCAUGUACAUGUCGAGAGGAUAUGAUCGGAGCUCCUCCAAAUUGCCGACCUGAAUGUGUAAGCAACGCUGAAUGCUCCAGCAAUCUUGCAUGUAUCAGGCAGAAAUGCCAAGAUCCAUGUACAAACGCAUGUGGAUCGAAUGCUGAAUGCAGAGUAGUUAGUCAUACACCCAUGUGCAUUUGCGCAGUCGGGUUCACAGGUGAUCCAUUUACUCAGUGUUCUGUAGUACAACAAGACGUUACAAGAGAACCCAUUUCACCAUGUAUUCCAAGUCCUUGUGGAGCGAACGCUAACUGUAGAGAACAAAAUGGAGCAGGUUCUUGUACAUGUGUUGAAGAUCACUUUGGAAAUCCAUACGAAGGAUGUCGUCCAGAAUGCGUUCUAAACUCAGAUUGUCCUUCGAAUAGAGCUUGCAUCAGGAAUAAAUGUCAAGAUCCUUGUCCAGGAACAUGUGGACAAAACGCACAAUGUCAGGUCGUAAACCACUUACCAUCAUGUACUUGCAUAUUUGGAUUCGGAGGAGAUCCGUUCAAAUACUGUACAGCCCAAAAGGAUGAACAAAUCGUGGAUUAUGUAAAUCCUUGCCAGCCCAGUCCAUGUGGUCCAAAUAGCCAAUGUCGUGAGGUCAACGGUCAGGGAGUUUGUUCUUGUUUACCAACUUACAUUGGAAGCCCUCCAGGAUGUCGCCCUGAAUGUGUCAGUAGUUCUGAAUGUCCCCUAGACAAGGCAUGUGUCAAUCAAAAAUGUGUUGAUCCUUGUCCUGGAACUUGUGGUACUAAUGCCAGAUGUAACACCAGAAAUCACAGUCCCAUUUGUUCUUGUCAAUCUGGAUAUACCGGAGAUCCAUUCACAAGAUGUUUCCCUAUUCCACCACCCACACAAAACAACCCAAUAGUAGUCCGUGAUCCAUGUGUUCCUUCUCCGUGUGGACCAAAUUCACAAUGUAGAAACUUCAAUGAAGCACCUUCGUGCUCUUGUGUAGGAGGUUAUAUUGGAUCGCCACCAAAUUGUAGACCAGAGUGCACCAUCAACGCAGAAUGCUCAAGUAAUCAGGCUUGUAUGAACGAAAAAUGUAGAGAUCCUUGUCCGGGAUCAUGUGGAAUUGGAGCCAGAUGUAACGUCAUCAAUCAUACACCAGUUUGUACCUGUGACGUUGGAUAUACCGGAGAUCCAUUUACGAACUGUUAUCCCGCACCUCAACCUCCACAACAAGAUCCUAUUGAUCCAUGUAAUCCUUCACCUUGUGGAUCAAAUGCACUGUGUAACAAUGGAAUCUGUACUUGCAUGACAGAAUAUCAAGGUGAUCCAUAUCAAGGAUGUAGACCCGAAUGUGUACUGAAUUCUGAUUGUGCACGUGAUAAGGCAUGCAUUCGAAAUAAAUGCAUUGAUCCAUGUCCCGGAACAUGUGGACAAGACGCUAUAUGUGAAGUAAUCAACCAUAUUCCGAUGUGUAGUUGUCCAAAAGGAAGGGCCGGAAAUGCAUUCUUAGAAUGUAGACCUCAACAAGAUCCAGUGAAGACCAAUCCUUGUAGUCCAUCUCCAUGUGGUCCUAAUAGCCAGUGUCGAGAAAUCAAUGGACAGGGUGUUUGUUCUUGUGUACCAGGUUUCAUUGGAAGUCCACCAAUGUGUAGACCAGAAUGUGUUGUAAGCUCAGAAUGUCCACAAAAUCAAGCAUGCAAUAAUCAGAAAUGUAGAGAUCCUUGUCCAGGAACAUGUGGCAUUGGUGCACGAUGUUCAGUGGUGAACCAUAAUCCUAUAUGUAGUUGCUCAGAACGAAUGACUGGUGAUCCAUUUGUCCGUUGUCAACCUAUGAUUGAACCAUCUGUUCCUAUAACUCCCAUAAACCCAUGUCAACCAUCUCCUUGUGGGCCUAACGCUGAGUGUAGACCUGUCGGAGAUUCUCCCUCAUGUACAUGUCGAGAGAAUAUGAUCGGAGCUCCUCCAAAUUGUCGACCUGAAUGUGUAAGCAACGCGGAGUGUUCCAGCAAUCUUGCAUGUAUCAGACAGAAAUGUCAGGAUCCAUGUACAAACGCAUGUGGAUUAAAUGCUGAAUGCAGAGUAGUUAGUCAUACACCCAUGUGCAUUUGCGCAGUCGGGUUCACAGGUGAUCCAUUCACUCAGUGUUCCACAAUACAACAAGACGUUCCAAGAGAACCCAUUUCACCAUGUAUUCCAAGUCCUUGUGGAGCAAACGCUUUCUGCAGAGAACAAAAUGGAGCCGGUUCGUGUACAUGUAAUGAAGAUCACUUUGGAAAUCCAUACGAAGGAUGUCGUCCAGAAUGCGUUCUAAACUCCGAUUGUCCUUCGAACAAAGCUUGCGUCAGGAAUAAAUGUCAAGAUCCUUGUCCAGGAACAUGUGGACAGAACGCACAAUGUCAGGUCGUAAACCACUUACCAUCGUGUACAUGCAUCAGUGGAUUCGGAGGAGAUCCGUUCAGAUACUGUAGUGUUCAAAAGGAUGAAAACAUCAUGGAUUAUGUAAAUCCUUGCCAACCCAGUCCAUGUGGUCCAAAUAGCCAAUGUCGUGAGGUCAACGGUCAGGGAGUUUGUUCUUGUUUACCCACUUACAUUGGAAGCCCUCCAGGAUGUCGCCCUGAAUGUGUCAGUAGUUCUGAAUGUCCCCUAAACAAGGCCUGUGUCAAUCAAAAAUGUGUUGAUCCUUGUCCUGGAACUUGUGGUACUAAUGCCAGAUGUAACACCAGAAAUCACAGUCCCAUUUGUUCUUGUCAAUCUGGAUAUACCGGAGAUCCAUUCACAAGAUGUUUCCCUAUUCCACCACCCACACAAAACAACCCAAUAGUAGUCCGUGAUCCAUGUGUUCCUUCUCCGUGUGGACCAAAUUCACAAUGUAGAAACUUCAAUGAAGCACCUUCUUGCUCUUGUGUAGGAGGUUAUAUUGGAUCGCCACCAAAUUGUAGACCAGAGUGCACCAUCAACGCAGAAUGCUCAAGUAAUCAGGCUUGUAUGAACGAAAAAUGUAGAGAUCCUUGUCCUGGAUCAUGUGGAAUUGGAGCCAGAUGUAACGUCAUCAAUCAUACACCAGUUUGUACCUGUGACGUUGGAUAUACCGGAGAUCCAUUUACGAACUGUUAUCCCGCACCUCCGCCUCCACAGCAAGAUCCUAUUGAUCCAUGUAAUCCUUCACCUUGUGGAUCAAAUGCACUGUGUAACAAUGGAAUCUGUACUUGCAUGACAGAAUAUCGAGGUGAUCCAUAUCAAGGAUGUAGACCCGAAUGUGUACUGAAUUCUGAUUGUGCACGUGAUAAAGCAUGUAUUCGAAACAAAUGCAUUGAUCCAUGUCCUGGAACAUGUGGACAGGAUGCCGUGUGUGAAGUAAUCAACCAUAUUCCGAUGUGUAGUUGUCCAAAAGGAAGGGCCGGAAAUGCAUUUUUAGAAUGCAGACCUCAACAAGAACCAGUGAAGACCAAUCCGUGUAGUCCAUCUCCUUGUGGUCCCAAUAGCCAGUGUCGAGAAAUCAAUGGACAGGGUGUUUGUUCUUGUGUACCAGGUUUCAUUGGAAGUCCACCAAUGUGUAGACCAGAAUGUGUUGUAAGCUCAGAAUGUCCACAAAAUCAAGCAUGCAAUAAUCAGAAAUGUAGAGAUCCUUGUCCAGGAACAUGUGGCAUUGGAGCACGAUGUUCAGUGGUAAACCAUAAUCCUAUAUGUAGUUGCCCAGAACGAAUGACUGGCGAUCCAUUUGUCCGUUGUCAACCUAUGAUUGAACCACUUGUUCAAAUGACUUCCAUAAACCCAUGUCAACCAUCUCCUUGUGGGCCUAACGCUGAAUGUAGACCUGUCGGAGAUUCUCCCUCAUGUACAUGUCGAGAGAAUAUGAUCGGAGCUCCUCCAAAUUGUCGACCUGAAUGUGUAAGCAACGCGGAGUGUUCCAGCAAUCUUGCAUGUAUCAGACAGAAAUGUCAGGAUCCAUGUACAAACGCAUGUGGAUCGAAUGCUGAAUGCAGAGUACUUAGUCAUACACCGAUGUGCAUUUGCGCAGUCGGGUUCACAGGUGAUCCAUUCACUCAGUGUUCUGCAAUACAACAAGACGUUCCAAGAGAACCCAUUUCACCAUGUGUUCCAAGUCCUUGUGGAGCAAAUGCUUUCUGCAGAGAACAAAAUGGAGCCGGUUCAUGUACCUGUAAUGAAGAUCACUUUGGAAAUCCAUACGAAGGAUGUCGUCCAGAAUGUGUUUUGAACUCCGAUUGUCCUUCGAAUAGAGCUUGCGUCAGAAAUAAAUGUCAAGAUCCUUGUCCUGGAACAUGUGGACAGAACGCACAAUGUCAGGUCGUAAACCACUUACCAUCAUGUACUUGCAUCAGUGGAUUCGAAGGAGAUCCGUUCAGAUACUGUAGUGUCCAAAAGGAUGAACCAAUCAAGGAGUAUGUAAAUCCUUGCCAACCCAGCCCAUGUGGUCCAAAUAGCCAAUGCCGUGAGGUCAACGGUCAGGGAGUUUGUUCUUGUUUACCCACUUACAUUGGAAGCCCUCCAGGAUGUCGCCCUGAAUGUGUCAGUAGUUCUGAAUGUCCCCUAGACAAGGCCUGUGUCAAUCAAAAGUGUGUUGACCCUUGUCCUGGAACUUGUGGUACUAAUGCCAGAUGUAAUACCCGAAAUCACAGUCCCAUUUGUUCUUGUCAAUCUGGAUAUACCGGAGAUCCAUUCACAAGAUGUUUCCCUAUUCCACCACCCACACAAAACAACCCAAUAGUAGUCCGUGAUCCAUGUGUUCCUUCUCCGUGUGGACCAAAUUCACAAUGCAGAAACUUCAAUGAAGCACCUUCGUGCUCAUGCACGGGAGGUUACAUUGGAUCACCACCGAAUUGUAGACCAGAGUGCACCAUCAACGCAGAAUGCUCAAGUAAUCAGGCUUGUAUGAACGAAAAAUGUAGAGAUCCUUGUCCUGGAUCAUGUGGAAUUGGAGCCAGAUGUAACGUCAUCAAUCAUACACCAGUUUGUACCUGUGACGUUGGUUAUACCGGAGAUCCAUUUACCAACUGUUAUCCCGCACCUCCGCCUCCACAGCAAGAUCCUAUUGAUCCAUGUAAUCCUUCACCUUGUGGAUCAAAUGCACUGUGUAACAAUGGAAUCUGUACUUGCAUGACAGAAUAUCAAGGUGAUCCAUAUCAAGGAUGUAGACCUGAAUGUGUACUGAAUUCUGAUUGUGCACGUGAUAAAACAUGUAUUCGAAGCAAAUGUAUUGAUCCAUGUCCUGGAACAUGUGGACAGGAUGCCGUGUGUGAAGUAAUAAACCAUAUUCCGAUGUGUAGUUGUCCAAAAGGAAAGGCCGGAAAUGCAUUUUUAGAAUGCAGACCUCAACAAGAACCAGUGAAGACCAAUCCGUGUAGUCCAUCUCCUUGUGGUCCCAAUAGCCAGUGUCGAGAAAUCAAUGGACAGGGUGUUUGUUCUUGUGUACCAGGUUUCAUUGGGAGUCCACCAAUGUGUAGACCAGAAUGUGUUGUAAGCUCAGAAUGUCCACAAAAUCAAGCAUGCAAUAAUCAGAAAUGUAGAGAUCCUUGUCCAGGAACAUGUGGCAUUGGAGCACGAUGUUCAGUGGUAAACCAUAAUCCUAUAUGUAGUUGCCCAGAACGAAUGACUGGUGAUCCAUUUGUCCGUUGUCAACCUAUGAUUGAACCACUUGUUCAAAUGACUUCCAUAAACCCAUGUCAACCAUCUCCUUGUGGGCCUAACGCUGAAUGUAGACCUGUCGGAGAUUCUCCCUCAUGUACAUGUCGAGAGAAUAUGAUCGGAGCUCCUCCAAAUUGUCGACCUGAAUGUGUAAGCAACGCGGAGUGUUCCAGCAAUCUUGCAUGUAUCAGACAGAAAUGUCAGGAUCCAUGUACAAACGCAUGUGGAUCGAAUGCUGAAUGCAGAGUAGUUAGUCAUACACCGAUGUGCAUUUGCGCAGUCGAGUUCACAGGUGAUCCAUUCACUCAGUGUUCCACAAUACAACAAGACGUUCCAAGAGAACCCAUUUCACCAUGUGUUCCAAGUCCUUGUGGAGCCAAUGCUUUCUGCAGAGAACAAAAUGGAGCCGGUUCAUGUACCUGUAAUGAAGAUCACUUUGGAAAUCCAUACGAAGGAUGUCGUCCAGAAUGUGUUUUGAACUCCGAUUGUCCUUCGAAUAGAGCUUGCGUCAGAAAUAAAUGUCAAGAUCCUUGUCCUGGAACAUGUGGACAGAACGCACAAUGUCAGGUCGUAAACCACUUACCAUCAUGUACUUGCAUCAGUGGAUUCGAAGGAGAUCCGUUCAGAUACUGUAGUGUCCAAAAGGAUGAACCAAUCAAGGAGUAUGUAAAUCCUUGCCAACCCAGCCCAUGUGGUCCAAAUAGCCAAUGCCGUGAGGUCAACGGUCAGGGAGUUUGUUCUUGUUUACCCACUUACAUUGGAAGCCCUCCAGGAUGUCGCCCUGAAUGUGUCAGUAGUUCUGAAUGUCCCCUAGACAAGGCCUGUGUCAAUCAAAAGUGUGUUGACCCUUGUCCUGGAACUUGUGGUACUAAUGCCAGAUGUAAUACCCGAAAUCACAGUCCCAUUUGUUCUUGUCAAUCUGGAUAUACCGGAGAUCCAUUCACAAGAUGUUUCCCUAUUCCACCACCCACGCAAAACAACCCAAUAGUAGUCCGUGAACCAUGUGUUCCUUCUCCGUGUGGACCAAAUUCACAAUGCAGAAACUUCAAUGAAGCACCUUCGUGCUCAUGCACGGGAGGCUACAUUGGAUCACCACCGAAUUGUAGACCAGAGUGCACUAUCAAUGCAGAAUGCUCAAGUAAUCAGGCUUGUAUGAACGAAAAAUGUAGAGAUCCUUGUCCGGGAUCAUGUGGAAUUGGAGCCAGAUGUAACGUCAUCAAUCAUACACCAGUUUGUACCUGUGACGUUGGAUAUACCGGAGAUCCAUUCACCAACUGUUAUCCCGCACCUCAACCUCCACAACAAGAUCCUAUUGAUCCAUGUAAUCCUUCACCUUGUGGAUCAAAUGCACUGUGUAACAAUGGAAUCUGUACUUGCAUGACAGAAUAUCGAGGUGAUCCAUAUCAAGGAUGUAGACCUGAAUGUGUACUGAAUUCUGAUUGUGCACGUGAUAAAGCAUGUAUUCGAAGCAAAUGUAUUGAUCCAUGUCCUGGAACAUGUGGACAGGAUGCCGUGUGUGAAGUAAUCAACCAUAUUCCGAUGUGUAGUUGUCCAAAAGGAAGGGCCGGAAAUGCAUUCUUAGAAUGUAGACCACAACAAGAUCCAGUGAAGACCAAUCCUUGUAGUCCAUCUCCAUGUGGUCCUAAUAGCCAGUGUCGAGAAAUCAAUGGACAGGGUGUUUGUUCUUGUGUACCAGGUUUCAUUGGAAGUCCACCAAUGUGUAGACCAGAAUGUGUUGUAAGCUCAGAAUGUCCACAAAAUCAAGCAUGCAAUAAUCAGAAAUGUAGAGAUCCUUGUCCAGGAACAUGUGGCAUUGGAGCACGAUGUUCAGUGGUAAACCAUAAUCCUAUAUGUAGUUGCCCAGAACGAAUGACUGGUGAUCCAUUUGUCCGUUGUCAACCUAUGAUUGAACCACUUGUUCAAAUGACUUCCAUAAACCCAUGUCAACCAUCUCCUUGUGGGCCUAACGCUGAAUGUAGACCUGUCGGAGAUUCUCCCUCAUGUACAUGUCGAGAGAAUAUGAUCGGAGCUCCUCCAAAUUGUCGACCUGAAUGUGUAAGCAACGCGGAGUGUUCCAGCAAUCUUGCAUGUAUCAGGCAGAAAUGUCAGGAUCCAUGUACAAACGCAUGUGGAUCAAAUGCUGAAUGCAGAGUAGUUAGUCAUACACCCAUGUGCAUUUGCGCAGUCGGGUUCACAGGUGAUCCAUUCACUCAGUGUUCCACAAUACAACAAGACGUUUCAAGAGAACCCAUUUCACCAUGUCUUCCAAGUCCUUGUGGAGCAAAUGCUUUCUGCAGAGAACAAAAUGGAGCCGGUUCAUGUACCUGUAAUGAAGAUCACUUUGGAAAUCCAUACGAAGGAUGUCGUCCAGAAUGUGUUUUGAACUCCGAUUGUCCUUCGAAUAGAGCUUGCGUCAGAAAUAAAUGUCAAGAUCCUUGUCCUGGAACAUGUGGACAGAACGCACAAUGUCAGGUCGUAAACCACUUACCAUCAUGUACUUGCAUCAGUGGAUUCGAAGGAGAUCCGUUCAGAUACUGUAGUGUCCAAAAGGAUGAACCAAUCAAGGAGUAUGUAAAUCCUUGCCAACCCAGCCCAUGUGGUCCAAAUAGCCAAUGCCGUGAGGUCAACGGUCAGGGAGUUUGUUCUUGUUUACCCACUUACAUUGGAAGCCCUCCAGGAUGUCGCCCUGAAUGUGUCAGUAGUUCUGAAUGUCCCCUAGACAAGGCCUGUGUCAAUCAAAAGUGUGUUGACCCUUGUCCUGGAACUUGUGGUACUAAUGCCAGAUGUAAUACCAGGAACCACAGUCCCAUUUGUUCUUGUCAAUCUGGAUAUACCGGAGAUCCAUUCACAAGAUGUUUCCCUAUUCCACCACCCAUACAAAACAACCCAAUAGUAGUCCGUGAUCCAUGUGUUCCUUCUCCGUGUGGACCAAAUUCACAAUGCAGAAACUUCAAUGAAUCACCUUCGUGCUCAUGCACAGGAGGUUACAUUGGAUCACCACCGAAUUGUAGACCAGAGUGCACCAUCAAUGCAGAAUGCUCGAGUAAUCAGGCUUGUAUGAACGAAAAAUGUAGAGAUCCUUGUCCUGGAUCAUGUGGAAUUGGAGCCAGAUGUAACGUCAUCAAUCAUACACCAGUUUGUACCUGUGACGUUGGUUAUACCGGAGAUCCAUUUACCAACUGUUAUCCCGCACCUCCGCCUCCACAGCAAGAUCCUAUUGAUCCAUGUAAUCCUUCACCUUGUGGAUCAAAUGCACUGUGUAACAAUGGAAUCUGUACUUGCAUGACAGAAUAUCAAGGUGAUCCAUAUCAAGGAUGUAGACCCGAAUGUGUACUGAAUUCUGAUUGUGCACGUGAUAAGGCAUGCAUUCGAAAUAAAUGCAUUGAUCCAUGUCCCGGAACAUGUGGACAAGACGCUAUAUGUGAAGUAAUCAACCAUAUUCCGAUGUGUAGUUGUCCAAAAGGAAGGGCCGGAAAUGCAUUCUUAGAAUGUAGACCACAACAAGAUCCAGUGAAGACCAAUCCUUGUAGUCCAUCUCCAUGUGGUCCCAAUAGCCAGUGUCGAGAAAUCAAUGGACAGGGUGUUUGUUCUUGUGUACCAGGUUUCAUUGGGAGUCCACCAAUGUGUAGACCAGAAUGUGUUGUAAGCUCAGAAUGUCCACAAAAUCAAGCAUGCAAUAAUCAGAAAUGUACCGAUCCUUGUCCAGGAACAUGUGGCAUUGGAGCACGAUGUUCAGUGGUAAACCAUAAUCCUAUAUGUAGUUGCCCAGAACGAAUGACUGGCGAUCCAUUUGUCCGUUGUCAACCUAUGAUUGAACCACUUGUUCAAAUGACUUCCAUAAACCCAUGUCAACCAUCUCCUUGUGGGCCUAACGCUGAAUGUAAACCUGUCGGAGAUUCUCCCUCAUGUACAUGUCGAGAGAAUAUGAUCGGAGCUCCUCCAAAUUGUCGACCUGAAUGUGUAAGCAACGCGGAGUGUUCCAGCAAUCUUGCAUGUAUCAGGCAGAAAUGUCAGGAUCCAUGUACAAACGCAUGUGGAUCAAAUGCUGAAUGCAGAGUAGUUAGUCAUACACCCAUGUGCAUUUGCGCAGUCGGGUUCACAGGUGAUCCAUUCACUCAGUGUUCCACAAUACAACAAGACGUUCCAAGAGAACCCAUUUCACCAUGUAUUCCAAGUCCUUGUGGAGCGAACGCUAACUGUAGAGAACAAAAUGGAGCCGGUUCAUGUACCUGUAGUGAAGAUCACUUUGGAAAUCCAUACGAAGGAUGUCGUCCAGAAUGUGUUUUGAACUCCGAUUGUCCUUCGAAUAGAGCUUGCGUCAGAAAUAAAUGUCAGGAUCCUUGUCCAGGAACAUGUGGACAAAACGCACAAUGUCAGGUCGUAAACCACUUACCAUCAUGUACUUGCAUCAGUGGAUUCGAAGGAGAUCCGUUCAGAUACUGUAGUGUCCAAAAGGAUGAACCAAUCAAGGAGUAUGUAAAUCCUUGCCAACCCAGCCCAUGUGGUCCAAAUAGCCAAUGCCGUGAGGUCAACGGUCAGGGAGUUUGUUCUUGUUUACCCACUUACAUUGGAAGCCCUCCAGGAUGUCGCCCUGAAUGUGUCAGUAGUUCUGAAUGUCCCCUAGACAAGGCCUGUGUCAAUCAAAAGUGUGUUGACCCUUGUCCUGGAACUUGUGGUACUAAUGCCAGAUGUAAUACCAGGAACCACAGUCCCAUUUGUUCUUGUCAAUCUGGAUAUACCGGAGAUCCAUUCACAAGAUGUUUCCCUAUUCCACCACCCAUACAAAACAACCCAAUAGUAGUCCGUGAUCCAUGUGUUCCUUCUCCGUGUGGACCAAAUUCACAAUGCAGAAACUUCAAUGAAUCACCUUCGUGCUCAUGCACAGGAGGUUACAUUGGAUCACCACCGAAUUGUAGACCAGAGUGCACCAUCAAUGCAGAAUGCUCGAGUAAUCAGGCUUGUAUGAACGAAAAAUGUAGAGAUCCUUGUCCUGGAUCAUGUGGAAUUGGAGCCAGAUGUAACGUCAUCAAUCAUACACCAGUUUGUACCUGUGACGUUGGUUAUACCGGAGAUCCAUUUACCAACUGUUAUCCCGCAUCUCCGCCUCCACAGCAAGAUCCUAUUGAUCCAUGUAAUCCUUCACCUUGUGGAUCAAAUGCACUGUGUAACAAUGGAAUCUGUACUUGCAUGACAGAAUAUCAAGGUGAUCCAUAUCAAGGAUGUAGACCCGAAUGUGUACUGAAUUCUGAUUGUGCACGUGAUAAGGCAUGCAUUCGAAAUAAAUGCAUUGAUCCAUGUCCCGGAACAUGUGGACAAGACGCUAUAUGUGAAGUAAUCAACCAUAUUCCGAUGUGUAGUUGUCCAAAAGGAAGGGCCGGAAAUGCAUUCUUAGAAUGUAGACCACAACAAGAUCCAGUGAAGACCAAUCCUUGUAGUCCAUCUCCAUGUGGUCCUAAUAGCCAGUGUCGAGAAAUCAAUGGACAGGGUGUUUGUUCUUGUGUACCAGGUUACAUUGGAAGUCCACCAAUGUGUAGACCAGAAUGUGUUGUAAGCUCAGAAUGUCCACAAAAUCAAGCAUGCAAUAAUCAAAAAUGUAGAGAUCCUUGUCCAGGAACAUGUGGCAUUGGAGCACGAUGUUCAGUGGUAAACCAUAAUCCUAUAUGUAGUUGCCCAGAACGAAUGACUGGUGAUCCAUUUGUCCGUUGUCAACCUAUGAUUGAACCACUUGUUCAAAUGACUUCCAUAAACCCAUGUCAACCAUCUCCUUGUGGGCCUAACGCUGAAUGUAGACCUGUCGGAGAUUCUCCCUCAUGUACAUGUCGAGAGAAUAUGAUCGGAGCUCCUCCAAAUUGUCGACCUGAAUGUGUAAGCAACGCGGAGUGUUCCAGCAAUCUUGCAUGUAUCAGGCAGAAAUGUCAGGAUCCAUGUACAAACGCAUGUGGAUCAAAUGCUGAAUGCAGAGUAGUUAGUCAUACACCCAUGUGCAUUUGCGCAGUCGGGUUCACAGGUGAUCCAUUCACUCAGUGUUCCACAAUACAACAAGACGUUUCAAGAGAACCCAUUUCACCAUGUCUUCCAAGUCCUUGUGGAGCAAAUGCUUUCUGCAGAGAACAAAAUGGAGCCGGUUCAUGUACCUGUAAUGAAGAUCACUUUGGAAAUCCAUACGAAGGAUGUCGUCCAGAAUGUGUUUUGAACUCCGAUUGUCCUUCGAAUAGAGCUUGCGUCAGAAAUAAAUGUCAGGAUCCUUGUCCAGGAACAUGUGGACAAAACGCACAAUGUCAGGUCGUAAACCACUUACCAUCAUGUACUUGCAUCAGUGGAUUCGAAGGAGAUCCGUUCAGAUACUGUAGUGUCCAAAAGGAUGAACCAAUCAAGGAGUAUGUAAAUCCUUGCCAACCCAGCCCAUGUGGUCCAAAUAGCCAAUGCCGUGAGGUCAACGGUCAGGGAGUUUGUUCUUGCUUACCCACUUACAUUGGAAGCCCUCCAGGAUGUCGCCCUGAAUGUGUCAGUAGUUCUGAAUGUCCCUUAGACAAGGCUUGUGUCAAUCAAAAGUGUGUUGACCCUUGUCCUGGAACUUGUGGUACUAAUGCCAGAUGUAAUACCCGAAAUCACAGUCCCAUUUGUUCUUGUCAAUCUGGAUAUACCGGAGAUCCAUUCACAAGAUGUUUCCCUAUUCCACCACCCGAGUCAGGUAACCCAAUAACAGUUCGUGAUCCAUGUGUUCCUUCUCCGUGUGGACCAAAUUCACAAUGCAGAAACAUCAAUGAAGCACCUUCGUGCUCUUGUGUAGGAGGUUAUAUUGGAUCGCCACCGAAUUGUAGACCAGAGUGCACCAUCAACGCAGAAUGCUCAAGUAAUCAGGCUUGUAUGAACGAAAAAUGUAGAGAUCCUUGUCCGGGAUCAUGUGGAAUUGGAGCCAGAUGUAACGUCAUCAAUCAUACACCAGUUUGUACCUGUGACGUUGGAUAUACCGGAGAUCCAUUCACCAACUGUUAUCCCGCACCUCAACCUCCACAACAAGAUCCUAUUGAUCCAUGUAAUCCUUCACCUUGUGGAUCAAAUGCACUGUGUAACAAUGGAAUCUGUACUUGCAUGACAGAAUAUCGAGGUGAUCCAUAUCAAGGAUGUAGACCCGAAUGUGUACUGAAUUCUGAUUGUGCACGUGAUAAAGCAUGUAUUCGAAACAAAUGCAUUGAUCCAUGUCCUGGAACAUGUGGACAGGAUGCCGUGUGUGAAGUAAUCAACCAUAUUCCGAUGUGUAGUUGUCCGAAGGGCAGGGCCGGAAAUGCAUUCUUAGAAUGCAGACCUCAACAAGAUCCAGUGAACACCAAUCCGUGUAGUCCAUCUCCAUGUGGUCCUAAUAGCCAGUGUCGAGAAAUCAAUGGACAGGGUGUUUGUUCUUGUGUACAAGGUUUCAUUGGAAGUCCACCAAUGUGUAGACCAGAAUGUAUUGUAAGCUCAGAAUGUCCACAAAAUCAAGCAUGCAAUAAUCAGAAAUGUAGAGAUCCUUGUCCAGGAACAUGUGGCAUUGGAGCACGAUGUUCAGUGGUAAACCAUAAUCCUAUAUGUAGUUGCCCAGAACGAAUGACAGGUGAUCCAUUUGUCCGCUGUCAACCUAUGAUUGAACCAUCUGUUCCUAUAACUCCCAUAAACCCAUGUCAACCAUCUCCUUGUGGUCCUAACGCUGAGUGUAGACCUGUCGGAGAUUCUCCCUCAUGUACAUGUCGAGAGGAUAUGAUCGGAGCUCCUCCAAAUUGUCGUCCUGAAUGUGUAAGCAACGCUGAAUGCUCCAGCAAUCUUGCAUGUAUCAGGCAGAAAUGUCAGGAUCCAUGUACAAACGCAUGUGGAUCAAAUGCUGAAUGCAGAGUAGUUAGUCAUACACCCAUGUGCAUUUGCGCAGUCGGGUUCACAGGUGAUCCAUUCACUCAGUGUUCUGCAAUACAACAAAACGUUUCAAGAGAACCCAUUUCACCAUGUCUUCCAAGUCCUUGUGGAGCAAACGCUUUCUGCAGAGAACAAAAUGGAGCCGGUUCAUGUACCUGUAAUGAAGAUCACUUUGGGAAUCCAUACGAAGGAUGUCGUCCAGAAUGCGUCAUAAACUCCGAUUGUCCUUCGAACAGAGCUUGCGUCAGGAAUAAAUGUCAAGAUCCUUGUCCUGGAACAUGUGGACAAAACGCACAAUGUCAGGUCGUAAACCACUUACCAUCAUGUACUUGCAUCAGUGGAUUCGAAGGAGAUCCGUUCAGAUACUGUAGUGUCCAAAAGGAUGAACCAAUCAAGGAGUAUGUAAAUCCUUGCCAACCCAGCCCAUGUGGUCCAAAUAGCCAAUGCCGUGAGGUCAACGGUCAGGGAGUUUGUUCUUGUUUACCCACUUACAUUGGAAGCCCUCCAGGAUGUCGCCCUGAAUGCGUCAGUAGUUCUGAAUGUCCCCUAGACAAGGCCUGUGUCAAUCAAAAAUGUGUAGAUCCUUGUCCUGGAACUUGUGGUACUAAUGCCAGAUGUAAUACCCGAAAUCACAGUCCAAUUUGUUCUUGUCAAUCUGGAUAUACCGGAGAUCCAUUCACAAGAUGUUUCCCUAUUCCACCACCCGAGUCAGGUAACCCAAUAACAGUUCGUGAUCCAUGUGUUCCUUCUCCGUGUGGACCAAAUUCACAAUGCAGAAACAUCAAUGGAGCACCUUCGUGUUCAUGCACAGGAGGUUACAUUGGAUCACCACCGAAUUGUAGACCAGAGUGCACCAUCAACGCAGAAUGCUCAAGUAAUCAGGCUUGUAUGAAUGAAAAAUGUAGAGAUCCUUGUCCUGGAUCAUGUGGAAUUAGAGCCAGAUGUAACGUCAUCAAUCAUACACCAGUUUGUACCUGUGACGUUGGAUAUACCGGAGAUCCAUUUAACAACUGUUAUCCCGCACCUCCGCCUCCACAACAAGAUCCUAUUGAUCCAUGUAAUCCUUCACCUUGUGGAUCAAAUGCACUGUGUAACAAUGGAAUCUGUACUUGCAUGACAGAAUAUCAAGGUGAUCCAUAUCAAGGAUGUAGACCCGAAUGUGUACUAAACUCUGAGUGUGCACGUGAUAAAGCAUGUAUUCGAAACAAAUGCAUUGAUCCAUGCCCUGGAACAUGUGGACAGGAUGCCGUGUGUGAAGUAAUCAACCAUAUUCCGAUGUGUAGUUGUCCAAAAGGAAGGGCCGGAAAUGCAUUUUUAGAAUGCAGACCUCAACAAGAACCAGUGAAGACCAAUCCGUGUAGUCCAUCUCCUUGUGGUCCCAAUAGCCAGUGUCGAGAAAUCAAUGGACAGGGUGUUUGUUCUUGUGUACAAGGUUUCAUUGGAAGUCCUCCUUUAUGUAGGCCAGAAUGUGUUGUAAGCUCAGAAUGUCCACAAAAUCAAGCAUGCAAUAAUCAGAAAUGCAGAGAUCCUUGCCCAGGAACAUGUGGCAUUGGAGCACGAUGUUCAGUGGUAAACCAUAAUCCUAUAUGUAGUUGCGCAGAACGAAUGACUGGUGAUCCAUUUGUCCGUUGUCAACCUAUGGUUGAACCAUCUGUUUCUAUAACUCCCAUAAACCCAUGUCAACCAUCUCCUUGUGGGCCUAACGCUGAAUGUAGACCUGUCGGAGAUUCUCCCUCAUGUACAUGUCGAGAGAAUAUGAUCGGAGCUCCUCCAAAUUGUCGACCUGAAUGUGUAAGCAACGCGGAGUGUUCUAGCAAUCUUGCAUGUAUCAGACAGAAAUGUCAGGAUCCAUGUACAAAUGCAUGUGGAUCGAAUGCUGAAUGCAGAGUAGUUAGUCAUACACCGAUGUGCAUUUGCGCAGUCGGGUUCACAGGUGAUCCAUUCACUCAGUGUUCCACAAUACAACAAGACGUUCUAAGAGAACCCAUUUCACCAUGUAUUCCAAGUCCUUGUGGAGCAAACGCUUUCUGCAGAGAACAAAAUGGAGCCGGUUCAUGUACAUGUAAUGAAGAUCACUUUGGGAAUCCAUACGAAGGAUGUCGUCCAGAAUGCGUCAUAAACUCCGAUUGUCCUUCGAACAGAGCUUGCGUCAGGAAUAAAUGUCAAGAUCCUUGUCCUGGAACAUGUGGACAAAACGCACAAUGUCAGGUCGUAAACCACUUACCAUCAUGUACUUGCAUCAGUGGAUUUGUAGGAGAUCCGUUCAGAUACUGUAGUGUUCAAAUGGAUGAAAUUGAAAUCUAUGUCAACCCAUGUCAGCCAAGUCCUUGUGGACCAAACAGCCAAUGUAGGGAGGUUGGUGGCCAAGGUGUUUGUUCCUGCUUACCUACAUACAUAGGAACUCCUCCUGGAUGUCGCCCAGAAUGUGUUACGAGCUCUGAAUGUUCUUUGGAUAAAGCUUGUAACAAUCAAAAAUGUGGUGAUCCUUGCCCAGGAACUUGUGGUAUCAACAGCAGGUGUCACGUAAACAAUCAUAGUCCCAUCUGUUCGUGUAAAUCUGGAUACACCGGUGAUCCUUUCACACGCUGUUUCCCUAAUCCGCCACCAUCUACGGACAUAGAAAUACUGAAACCAUCGAAUCCUUGCAUUCCUUCUUCGUGUGGACCAAAUUCUCAGUGCAUGAAUGUCAAUGGAAUUGCAUCAUGCUCAUGUCAGAUAAAUUAUAGCGGUGUACCACCAAAUUGUAGACCGGAAUGUUUAAUCAACUCUGAAUGUCCAAGCAAUCAAGCCUGUAUGAACGAGAAAUGUAGAGACCCUUGUCCUGGUUCAUGCGGAAUCAGAGCUGAAUGCAAUGUUAUUAAUCAUAUACCGAUUUGUACUUGCCAAGAAUCCUACAUUGGAGAUCCAUUCACGAAUUGUUAUCCAGCGCCACCUCCUCCACAGGAUCCUAUUAUAGAAGACCCUUGUAAUCCUUCUCCUUGUGGCGCAAAUACACGGUGUAUAGAUGGUGUUUGUAGUUGUCUACCUGAGUAUCAAGGCGAUCCGUACCGUGGUUGUCGUCCCGAAUGUGUGCUUAACUCCGAAUGCUCUCGUGACAAGGCAUGUAUUCGUAAUAAAUGUGUGGACCCUUGUCCAGGGACCUGUGGUCAACAGGCUGCGUGUGAUGUUAUAAAUCACAUUCCAAUGUGUAGCUGUCCAAAUGGACUCAUAGGGAACGCAUUUUUGCAGUGUGAACCACAAAAUGCUAAAGCUGAAACCAGCCCGUGUAAUCCAACUCCAUGCGGUCCCAAUAGCCAAUGUCGAGCAAUCAACGGACAGGCAGUGUGUUCAUGCGUAUUAGGCUAUAUAGGUAGCCCACCAACUUGCAGACCCGAAUGCUCUGUAAAUUCAGAUUGUCUUCCGAAUAUGGCUUGUGUAAAUUUCAAAUGCAAAGAUCCCUGCCCAGGAACGUGUGGAUUACAAGCAAGGUGCACUGUUGUGAACCAUAACCCAAUUUGCAGUUGCCCCUACAGGAUGACUGGUGAUCCGUUCAUAAGAUGCUAUGCGUAUGUCGAAACCCCAAUAGUCCAAAAUACCCCCCGUGAACCAUGCAUUCCUUCUCCAUGCGGGCAGAACGCCAUAUGUGAAAAUCGCAAUGGAAAUCCCUCUUGCUCAUGUUUAACUGGCAUGAUUGGCGCUCCUCCCACUUGUAGACCGGAAUGUAUAAGCAACAGCGAUUGUUCAAAUGUGUUGGCAUGCAUAAACCAAAAAUGUCAAGACCCUUGUCCGAACUCGUGCGGAUUAAAUGCCGAUUGUCAUGUAUCCCUCCAUAUCGCAAACUGUGUGUGUCCACCGGGUUACACAGGAAAUCCGUUUAUAAACUGCUUCGUUGAAACUACACCACCUUCGCGCGAGCCAGAAUCCAGAGAUCCUUGCUACCCAUCACCUUGCGGAACUAAUGCACGAUGCCGUCCAAUUGAGGGAGGCUCAGUGUGCGAAUGCUUCGAGAAUUAUUUCGGAAACCCUUACAGCGCCUGUCGACCGGAAUGUGUAUCCAAUUCUGAAUGCUCAAGAAACACAGCUUGCAUUCAGAAUCGCUGCAAAGACCCAUGCCCAGGUGUGUGUGGCCAUAACGCAGAGUGCAGCGUUAUCAAUCAUACGCCGACAUGUACGUGUCCCGAUGGAAUGGUUGGAAAUGCAUUCGAACAAUGCUUCCGUGAACCAGUUCCAACACCACCAGCAGAUCCAUGCUAUCCAUCACCAUGUGGUCUUAACACAGUAUGUCGUCCCUCGGGUGAUAAAGCCAUAUGUGAAUGUCUUCCAGAAUUCAAGGGAACACCAUUUGGUAGAGGGUGCCAUCCUGAAUGUACAAUCAACUCGGAUUGUCCGAGAGAUAGAACAUGUGUAAACAAGAAAUGUGUCGAUCCGUGCCCAGGCGUAUGCGGAUAUAGAGCCGUUUGUAAUGCCAUCAACAAUAGCCCCGUAUGUUCCUGUCCAAGCAACAUGAUCGGAGAUCCCUUCGUAGAAUGUAAGGAAGCCCCUCCCAAAGACCCGUGCAAUCCUUCACCUUGUAGAACAAAUGGAAUUUGUCGCGUGGUUGGAGGUAGAGCUGAAUGUCAAUACCCCGAAUGUGUUAUAAAUUCUGAUUGUAGUUGGAAUCGAGCAUGCUUUAGUCAGAAGUGCAGCGAUCCAUGCAUUGGAGCAUGUGGUGUAAACGCCAUUUGUAAUGUAGUUAAUCAUGCCCCAAUAUGUUCCUGUCCGGAACAUCAUGUAGGGUCACCGUUUGUGCAGUGCAAUCGUCAGAUGGAGCCAGUAUCACAGCCAGAAUGUGUUAGUGACGAACAGUGUACGAAUGAUAAGGCCUGUAUCAAUCAGAAAUGCAUCAAUCCAUGUGCAGACAAUAACGGUUUGUGCAAUGUGAACGCUGAGUGUCGUGUACAGUUCCACCGUGCGAUUUGUACAUGCCGCGAAGGGUUCACUGGUAAUGCUCAAAUCGCCUGUUACGAUAUUGGUUGCCGAUCCGAUUCAGACUGCCCCGCUACGGAAGCUUGUGUGAACAGAAAUUGUGCCGAUCCGUGCACAUACACCCAGUGUGGAAGAAACUCUAUUUGCAAAACGGAUUACAGCCACAAUGCCAGAUGUCAUUGCCUCGAAGGGUAUAGAGGUAAUCCGCUGACUGGAUGUACACGUCCAGAAUGCACUCGAGACGACGAAUGUCCUUAUCAUUUGUCUUGUCAAAAUGAGAACUGCGUCGAUCCAUGCAACUGUGCACCAGGCGCGCAGUGUAGAGUUGAUAACCAUCGAGCUUCAUGCAGAUGUCCUCCUGGAUAUUCGGGUGAUGCUAGCUUUGCUUGCGAAAAAGUUCCACAACGAGAUCCUGCUCAGUGUAAGAUAGAUGCAGACUGUUCAAGCAAGAUGGCCUGUUUCAGUGGAAUUUGUAAAAACCCUUGCUAUGAAGCUAAACCAUGUGCUGAGCAUGCAAUUUGCACGGUACAGGAUACAUUACCACUACGAACAAUGUUCUGUGUUUGUGACGAAGGAUACAUAGGUGACGCCGAAAAACGAUGCUCGCCAGUAUCCACCGUCGUACCAGGAUGCAGUUCCGACAUUGAAUGUGCAGCGUCGGAGACCUGUAGGAACCGGGUAUGCACCAAUCCUUGCACCGAGUUCAACCCUUGUGCCCGUACCGCGGAAUGUUUGGCACAGAGCCACAAAGCUAUUUGUUCGUGUCCGGUUGGUAUGAUAGGAGACCCGUUCCACAACUGUUACAGCGAGCAACGGGUGACGGCAGAAUGCUUGGCCGACUCCGAAUGUCCUAGCAAUCGUGCGUGUAUUAACCAAAAUUGUCAGGAUCCUUGCGCUGAGGGCAAUCCGUGCGCCGGCAAUGCCGAGUGUCGAACGCUGAAUCACAGACCACUCUGCACAUGCCCUCAAGGAUGGGGUGGUGAUCCUAAAACUCAGUGUUAUAAACCGGAAUGUCAGCACGACAACGAUUGCCCGUACGACAAGGCAUGUUACAACGAGAAAUGUUUGAAUCCAUGCACUUACGGUGCGGUACAGUGCGGUCGGGGAGCCGAAUGUUCACCACAAGGUCAUCGAGCAAACUGUUUCUGCCCAGCGGGUACCCAAGGAAAUCCAUUCAUUUCCUGUAUUACCGGACUUUGCCAGUACAACGAGGAUUGUGCGGACCACGAAGCCUGCGAUAGAUUGAAUCGAAUUUGUCGCCCUGUUUGUGACGAUCAGUCGUGUGCUGACAAGGCGACUUGCAUGGGCCGGAAUCAUCAGCCGACAUGCGAGUGUUUGCCAGGCACUAAAGGUAAUCCGUACAUAGAAUGUGCUCGUGGAGAACCAGAACCGGCCUGCAGAGUUGAUGGCGAUUGUCCGUCUCAGCAAGCCUGCAUCAACAGCAACUGUGCAAAUCCAUGUACGGCGAUCAGCCCUUGCUCUCGGCAACAAACAUGUACUGUUGUUGAUACUCUGCCGCUACGGACCAUGAUUUGCGCGUGUCCAAGCGAUAUGCUGGUCGACGUGAAUGGACAGUGCAAGCCAAUUAUGACAGACGAAUGCCACGCGAACAACGAUUGUCCCGAUUCGGACAUCUGUAUAAGAGGACGAUGCAUGUUGGCUUGUCGGGCUGAGCCAUGUGGUGUGAACGCGCAGUGUAUGUCCAAACAGCAUCGUGCUCAUUGCUCGUGUGCACCUGAAUAUGUUGGAAAUGCACACAUUGAGUGUGCACCGGAAGGAAGAAUACCCGUUCCGAGGGAAUGCGAUAUCGAUGCUGACUGCCCACUGGACCGAGCAUGCCUGAAUGAUAAAUGCAUCAAUCCCUGCACGCAAGAUGUUUGCGGACGGGGAGCUAUUUGUCACGUACAGCAACAUAACGCGGUAUGUAAGUGUCCGGCUGGACAUACCAUGGAUUCCGGCAGCAACAGUUGUAUACCACCUGCAGCCGAUCUACCAAAGUGCCGUUCGAACUCGGAAUGUACCUCUAGCGAAACAUGUGUCAACGAGAUCUGUGCAAACCCAUGCAACUGUGGUGAGAACGCUAACUGUUACGUGAAAGAUCACUACCCGGUGUGUAGCUGCAAGCCAGGAUAUUCCGGCAAUGCACAGUUCGGCUGCGUCAAACUAGGCUGUCAAUCAAACAGCGAAUGUGCCAACGAUAAGCAAUGUUACAAUGGAGAAUGCUUGAAUCCCUGUGCUUUGGAGAAUCCUUGCGCCUUGAACGCCGAAUGCUACGGUGAUAAACAUCAAGUUGCAUGUCGUUGUCUGCCAGGCUUAGAAGGAAACCCGUUCGUGAAAUGUCGCCGAGUGGAAUGUCAUUUCGAUGGGGAGUGUCCAGAUAACCGUGCUUGCAUCCAGGAACAAUGUGUUGACCCGUGCAACACGGUAGCAAUUUGCGCACAAAAUGCCAUAUGCUUUACGCGUAAUCACGCUGCUCACUGCAAGUGCCCUGAUCAUCUACCCGAUGGUAAUCCAUUCUCAUUCUGCGAGCGUCAUAUCGAAUACGACAAACCAGAGUGCACCGUCGAUUCUGAAUGCCCAAGUCGUCUUGCAUGUAUCAAUAACAAGUGUGUGGAUCCAUGUAGAGAACUUCAACCUUGUGCUAGAUCGGCCACGUGCACAGUGCAGGAUUCGAUCCCAGUAAGAACUAUGGUCUGCGAGUGUCCAGAACUACACGUACCGGAUACGAACGGGGAGUGUAAACGGCUCGUACUUCACACUUCACCAGAAUGUACACGUGACUCGCAGUGUUCAGAGAAAGAAGCUUGUAUCAAUAACCAGUGUAAGAGCCCCUGCAAUUGUGGCGAACAUGCUACUUGUGCGGUGAAAAACCACAGAGGAGUAUGCUCUUGCGAGAAUGGUUUUGAGGGCAAUCCAAAUGUCGCAUGUAGAACGAUUGGUUGUCGGGUGGACUCGGAGUGUGAAUCAGGCAAGGCGUGUGUCAAUGGAAACUGUGUCAAUCCGUGUCUGGACAACGAUCCAUGUGGAAUCAAUGCCGAAUGUCACGCAGUAUCCAAUCGUGCAGAGUGCAGAUGUCUGAGUGGAUAUCGUGGUAAUCCGAUGAUCCAAUGCAUGGCCGUCGAAUGUCGCAGCAACAAUGACUGUCCAAACGAUAAACAGUGCCGAAACUCACAAUGUGUCGAUCCAUGCGUGUAUGACAGUUCUUGUUCACCUAGAGCUGAAUGUAGAGCGCAAAACCAUCUGGCGACCUGCAGAUGUCCACCGGGACUAGCGGGUAAUCCGUACGUCGACUGUCGACCAGAAAUCGUUCCCGAAUGCUUAUACGAUACCGACUGUCCUUCACAUCUUGCCUGUAUUGAGGAUAAGUGCGUUGAACCAUGCAGCGUGUUGGUGCCGUGCAACUUGCCAGCAAAAUGCGAAGCGAUUCCCUCAUCGCCAGUCAGAACCAUGAUUUGUAUAUGUCCCGAUGGGUACGUGAGCAGUGGAAGUGGCACAUGUAAACCUGUGGUGAAAUCCGGAUGUAUUGCCGAUUCGGAUUGCUCGAGCGAUACCGCAUGUAUAAACAGUAUAUGCAGGAACCCAUGUAACUGUGGACCGAAUGCUGAGUGCAGAAUAAAGGAUCACAAACCGGUGUGCUCUUGCAAGCAAGGAUUCGAUGGCAACCCAGAGAUUGAAUGCGUUAAAAUUGAAUGCCGCGUAGACGACGAUUGUUCAGGCCAGCAUUCCUGUAUCAACCGCCAAUGCGUUGCGGUCUGCUCUAUCGAUUCGUGCGGAAAACAGGCCGAAUGUUACGCUCAGAAUCACCGGGCUGUCUGUGAGUGCCUGCCAGGAUAUGAGGGCGACCCGCGGGUAAACUGUAAACUUCUCGGCUGCCAGGCUGACUCCGAUUGUCCGCUGGACAAAGCCUGUAUCAACGGCAAGUGUCGUGACCCCUGCGAUAGUCAAGCCAUUUGCGCACAACAUGAAAUCUGCCAAGUCUAUCAACAUCGUCCAGCGUGUGCCUGCUCGCCACCGUUCGAGUCGGACCCAAUAAGGGGCUGUGUCCUGCAGGAUGAUCGCUGUAGAACCGAUGGAGAGUGUCCGUCACAGCUUGCAUGCAUUCAAAACGAUUGCGUCAACCCUUGCAACGAGACCAAACCUUGCGGCGUGAAUUCGAUGUGCAAGGUACUGGACACGUUGCCGGUUCGCACGAUGAUAUGCGAGUGUUUGCCAGGAUACCAGGGGAAUGCAGCGAUCCAAUGUGAUAAAAUGGCACUCUGUCCGACAGAUCGAGGAUUUGUCCGGAAUGCGAACGGCGAGUGCGUCUGCCCACCCGGAUACGGUCUCACACACUACGAGGAUUGUCAAAUUUGUCGCGUGGAGGACGGAAUGAAGGUAGACGAAACUGGACGGUGCGUGUGUGCGUUGGAGCGGGGAAUGGUAAUCGACGAGCGUGGUCGCUGUAUUUGUCCAGUGGACUACGGCUAUCGCCUAACCGAACGGGGCGAUUGCAUCCGAACUGCCUUACCCGAGUGCACCCACAACGAUGACUGUCCAGAUGGGAAAUAUUGCGAUCAGAUCUGUAAAGAUCCAUGUCAAACGAAGAUUUGCGGAAAGAACGCCCUCUGUAAUGCAACCAAUCAUCAAGCCGUUUGCCAGUGUAUCGCAGGAUACACGGGCGAUCCGGAGGAUCAUUGCAACGGCUUCAGAACUGACUUCCCACAACCGGAGAUGCAGGUAACCUGUCAAGCCGAUGGCGUACAAGUAGUGAUCGAUCUGAUGGAAUCCAACUUCAACGGUGUACUCUACGUGAAAGGCCACAGCAAGGAUGAAGGGUGUCGACGCGUUGUGAGUCUCGGGGGAGAUGCAUCCCAGCGUACACAGAUUUUCAAGGUUCACUUUGGUAGUUGCGGCUUGAUUCACGUCAACGGUAUUGCCAGUUUCGUUCUGGUAAUACAAAAACAUCCGAAAUUAGUUACUUACAAAGCACAGGCCUAUCACAUCAAAUGCGUCUAUCAAACGGGCGAACAAAAUGUGACACUAGGAUUCAACGUUCAAAUGCUGACAACGGCUGGUACAAUCGCCAAUACAGGUCCACCGCCAACGUGUGCCAUGCGUAUUGUUGCCUACAACGGAGAAGAAAUAAAUUCAGCCGAAAUUGGAGAUAAUUUACGGCUGCAAGUUGAAGUACAGCCAGCAACUAUCUACGGUGGAUUCGCUCGUAGCUGUGUCGCUAAAACAAUGGAAGAUAGUGUUGAAAAUGAAUACAUUGUGACGGAUGAAAAUGGUUGCGCGACCGAGCCGAGCAUUUUCGGUGACUGGGAAUACAAUCCCGAAAGCAAUAGUCUCCUUGCGAGCUUCAAUGCCUUCAAGUUCCCUUCGAGUGACAACAUACGAUUCCAGUGCAACAUCCGAGUAUGCUUCGGCCGCUGUCAACCGGUGAACUGCCAUGGUGCAAAUGCGUUCGGAAAGCGCAGAAGACGAGCGAUUACCGAUAUGAACGAAAUAGAACUUAUGCUCAACAGAACACGGCGUGCCACCAGCACGGCGCUUGCGUCCGACGAUCUGCUAGGUAUCGAGGGAACACUGCGGGAAGAAAUAACAAUCCAAUCGAAUGCAAUUUUGACAUUGGAGAGAAGGGAGGAAAGAUCUUACGAUUCAGAUAACAUAACUCCCGCCGCUCAACGUGUUGAAGAUAUCUGUGUAUCGAUGAUCGGACUGAUUAUAGCAUUGGUGAUAACAGCGUUACUGGCACUGGUAGCUGUGGCUGUGGCAGUCUCCUGUUGGCUAAUGGCCUACAGAAGGCGUCCAACCAUAACUGGCCCGUUGCCACAUCCGCCAGAGUUCCCGAACCCACUGUUCGCACACCACGAACCGUCUGAACCUUCGCAUAACUACAUGACAUAAAAGUUACGGUUCCGUCGAUGAACCUUCUUUUGUAAAUGUUGAAUAUACUAAAAUUGUAUAAUGUUUUUAAAAGUGAAACCCUACAACUGACCAAGGAAUCAACGAAUGUGUACGAAAAUCACGAAUCAUGAUCGAGAUAUUGUAAAUAUAUACUCUUAAUGUUAGUUACGUUCAAGGCAAAAAGUGACACCAAGUAGGAUAGAAUGGUGCUCUAACCUCAAAGCGAAGAAAAUCGAGAAAUGAUUAGUUAUUUGCAUGCACCCAAAACGCGAAUGUACACUACGUUAGAUUGUUUCAAUAAUUAAUUGGAAUACUGCCGGCCCACCGAUAGACCAAUCUUAGCAUGAGCCGUCAACCUAUUCACCUCAUGUAAAAAGCAAUCUUGUGUCGAGAGACUUGACGAACUUAGCAUAACCUCAACCUCGUUAGCAAAUAGAAUACACACACUGAACGUGAUUUGUCUCGUUUCUCGACAAUUCAAUUCUGAUGGAUACUGCUGAGAUACAUAUAGGGCCACAACUGCCAAAGCACCAAUCCACUGCAUGGGAAGGUCGGUAGUAUUCCCUACGCAGAUACGAACAUCUCCUCCGCGGGUCGUUGCUAGUCUUUUAUUUAUUAAUGUUAUUAUUGUACUUAGUUAAACGUAAACUGACACGUCCCGCAGUACAUACUUCUCCAAAAAUUGCUAUCCUUAGGUGAAGGGACCGGUCCUACUCUCGUACUGCUUCUAUCUCCACAACGAAACGGAAAACACGUCACCGUAAUCCUUGCUUUGGAAACCUCAACCUUUCAGUGAAACUAAUUUCAGUGGCCUAAAAAUUUAAUCUAUGAAUGAACCCUGUUAUCGGAGUUACGCUUCUUAUAUUAUUGUUGUAAUUUAUUAAAAGAUUAUGAAUAUACACAGAGAGAGAAGAAAAAUAACACAUAAACUCGACCCCCGGAGGAUAUGAUUAAUCUAGGCUAGGAAAAAAAAAGAAAUCAAACUUAAGCCUCAAUUUACAAGCUACAGCGAAAAUGUGAGGGAAACAGCAAUGAAUGAUACGCAAAGCAUAGUCAUUGUAUAGGUAAUAUAUCGCAUAUAAUCGUAACUACGCGAUAUUCGCAUUCCACUAAACUGUACUAUAGAAACUGCCACUGAGGAUGCGAAAAAUGCAGCGAAAUCGUUAUACUAAUUCCACCAAUGAGCAUAUGAAUGAAGCAGCGAGCAUUCGUAUUCUCAUUGCAGGAUUUACUAUAGCGGAAGUGAUAUUUUUGAACGAAUGAAGAAAAAAAAACACAACGAUUAAAGUAAUUCUAAAGUGCUGCUAUCGAGAAAAAAAAACUAUACUGCCUUUCCAAAAUACUGCGCCCAGUAAAAUUAUUUACCGUUUUUGGGUUGUUUAGAUUUUAAAUUAUAUUUUAACUGUUAACUGGCAAGUCUCCAAGAGGCAGAAAAAUGUUCGGAAAUCUUUUCUAUGUUCGGUUUGAUUCCUUUAAUGGCUUCCAAUGCCAAAAUAUUUAUAAUUACUGUAAAUUGAUUAUAUCGUCAACCAUAAAGACUGGAUUAACAUUAAUUGAGGUGAAAAAAAACGCGUUAGAAAAGAUCUAGUGUUCUUCCGAAAACAAUGAUCUAUGUUUCAACUGUUCCAAAAUGAUAGUCGUUGCUAUUUUCCCAGUGUAAUAUUGUUUUCCUUUUUUAAAACGUAAAACAGUGAAACGCCACCUCAAAGAAAGCGAUAAUAAAAUAAAACGUACUAAUAAACA